GUGUGGAUCAGGUUGUGUAACCUUAGCUGUAGCUGCAACAUCUCUUAAUCACAUCUGCUUUGUUAAGGCUCACCUGCAAAAAUCUGGUUUCUUCUUCAGCAGAAGCUUGAGUCACAUAUUCAGCGCUGUGCAAUUUGCUCUCUAUAAUAUAAAGAGGUUUCAAAGUUCAGAAGAUCCUUAAAAGGAGCAGCAAGCAAGGAUAUCAAGAGAAGCAAUGGAAGAACAAGAUAAAACAGCAAAUGGCUCACAUUCUGAAAAUGCAAAUGGCAGCUGUACUGUAGACUCUCCAAAUAAAACUGAUAACAAAGACAUACCAAAUGGAACCACCAUGGAACAGAGUAAUGUAAAAACGACAAUCCUAAAAACAACCAUUGGUUCAGGGGGUGCAAAGAUUGGCAGCAGGGCAACUAUUCUUAGUUCAUCUGAUUUAAAAGGGCCAACCAGCCCUGGACCUGUUACUGACCACUCAGAUUCUAGAAGGUCAGUCCGUGUUAGUGUAGGGUCUAACUAUGAUCAAGAUGAUGUACUGUGUGAUUCUUGUAUUGAUGACAAGAAGAGAGCAGUUAAAUCAUGCUUGGUCUGCCAGACCUCUUUUUGUGAUAUCCACCUCAAACCCCAUCUGGAAGGGGCUGCUUUUCGGGACCAUAAGCUGCUAGAGCCCAUCAGAGAUUUUGAAGCUAGAAAAUGCCAGUUGCACAGCAAGACUAUGGAGCUGUUCUGUCAGACUGAUCAAACAUGCAUCUGCUACCUAUGCAUGUUCCAAGAACAUAAGAAUCACAAUACGGUCACAGUGGAAGCUGAAAAAUAUGUAAAGGAGGUGAGUGAACUUUUAUUUGUUCUGUUAAUCUCAACAAAUAUAUGUAUUUUUUUUUUUACAUGUAUAGGGAUUGUGCAGUGCAGGAUAUACAAGAUGUAGUAAAAUGGAAUAUUAAGGAACAGUAAAAUGUCUUGAUGACUAUACUUUGCGUUUUUCCGUCCAUACUAAAAUGUUUGAAGAAGACCUCGAUUCUAUUCAGAACUAAAUCAAAUCAGUUUACGAGUUUAUUUGUAUUUGCAAAGAACAGUGGAUAUGUAUCAUAUUUAAAUUGUUGUUUAUUGGUUACUUUUUUUCCCCCCAUACUUUAUAAUCCCUUUAGCAAUCAAAUUUCUCAUGGGCCCACAAUGAAAUUGUAUAUUAUACCAUAUAAUGUUUUAGGCAAGAAAAUCAUCAUCUAUUUACAUGAGGGAAAUCUUUCUUGCUCAGAAGAUGAAUGCAAAAUAGGUUUGAGAUAUGCUACAUUUCUCACACUCUUUAUUGUAGAUCAGAGUCCAAAGGGAGUGGGAAAGAAAUAAAUUCCAUUGAUGGCUGUAUAAAAUACAGUGCCAGCCAGCUAAAUGGUUGAGUCAGAAAUUUAAAGCAAUAUAGUUAUAUCACUAGAGUUGUAUAGCUGUUCACAAAAAAUAUAUACACACUAUAAAAGGUAUAUCUUAGUGAAGAGAAGUAAUAAGACCUGAAGUUCUAGAUAUGUAGGUCAGGACUGGUAUAUUGUUGGACUGGAAUAUCAGUUAUUAUCUAAGAACAAGGAGAUACAUAGCCCAAGACAGUUUUCCAGUCCACAAUUUAGGUGGUCUAUGUCUUUCCAAUGUUCUCCUUUGAACAAGUAGUUAGAUUUAUAUUUUAUAAUGUAUGCAAUGUUUAUUUAUAUAUAUCGUGACACAUAUUAACAGACUUACUAAUAUAAACAACUUCAUAAGGUGAUUUAUGCAUUAAUGAUUGACAUGCAUGUAAUUUUCACCAUUCUGAGGGUCUUUUUUAACAAGGGUUUUUCUUUUAAGGAGGGUUUUCAGUCAUAUUCAAUAUUUGCAGGUACUGGAAUAAGUUUGGUACACCUUUAUACAAAAUGUCUUUGUUGGAAAAUGUCUUUUGUAAGUGCAUGCAAGCCAGGUACAUGUGAGCAACGCAUGCAUGUGAAUUUAGGGUGAGAGCAUGGGUGUUUUUACGUGCCCCAUAAUCUAUUCUGGGCUAAACAUUUUAUGGCUACAAUUCUGGAGUGGGUGUGACUAGAUAGGGAAAUGUCUAGAGAAAAGUCAUCAACUUCACCUUUCUUUCUUUGGAUAGUAGGAUUUUGCUACUAAAUAGAUUAAUGGAAUUAUACAGAUAAACAAAUAUAAAAUAUAAUCAAUGCAGAUAUAGGCUGUUAUGUUAGUGAGAGAUUUCAAUAUUUACUCACUAACACCUUAACACGAGUAAGUAAACUUAAAGGACCACUAUAGUGCCAGGAAAACAAACUCGUUUUCCUGGCACUAUAGUGCCCUGAGGGUGCCCCCACCCUCCGGGUCCCACUCCCGCCGUGCUGAAGGGGGAGGAAGGGGGUUAAACACUCAGCCCGGCGCUGGGGACUCUACUCCUCCGGUCAUCAUCGGUUGAAUGCACAUGCGCAGCAAGAGCCACGCGCGCAUUCAGCCAGUCCAUAUGAAAGCAUUCUCAAUGCUUUCCUAUGGACGCUGGUGUUUUCUCACUGUGAAAAUCACAGUGAGAGGUGUGGAAGUACCUCUAGUGGCUGUCAAAGAGACAGUCACUAGAGACUGGAUUAACCCUAAGGUAAACAGCAGUAUGUUUACAGCAGGCAGGGUUAAUACUAGAUGGGCUUGGCACCCAGACCACUUCAUUAAGAUGAAGUGGUCUGGGUGCCUAUAGUGGUCCUUUAAAGUUAACACACCAAUAAGACUUCUAGCAGCAGCUUUAGCGUUUUAAACAAUAUUCAGCUAGAAAUGUUACUUUAAACUUUUUUUUUUACGAGAUAAGUUCAUGCAUGAUUUUUGGUUACAGUUUAAAAAAAACUAAUGGUAACUUGGAAACAUAAUUCCUUAUUGUAUUUUUUAAAGUCAUUAUGGUUUUGAAUAAAAACAUCUGCUGAUAGGUUUUGUUUUUUAAAAAAAAAUCACAUUCACAGACAUUGCAAUUGCGAGUGUGACGGAUACUUGACACAAACAAUCAUUGCAAAGCAAAGAUAAACUGUGUAACUAGAAAUUAUUUUGUGUCUUAGGAAAAAGUGUCAUUAAAUGUAUGUUUCCUGAGAUUUUUGUUUGUUCUGAAGAGGUUAAUUGAAGAGGCAGAUAUUCUGCUCAGAUCCUGCCUGAACAGAGCAAGGGCUGAGGGCGUCUCCUCCAUUACGACAUUUCUUGAAUGCUUCUAUAUAAUAGCCUUAAAACUAUAGCUGUUUUGCAGUCCCACCUAGGGUGUGCCGGAGCAUCAUUCAGGCAGACAAGUCACUUGCCUGCAGCUAAGUACUGCAUGUUAUGUAUGCUGACAUCACUUCGACCCCACCUGAAAAGAUGAGAAGAGAUAACUCGCAACACUGGUCUGUGUAUGAAGGCAAUUUCUAGUGAAUUUAGUCACACAGGCAAAACUGGAUAAAACUGGUGCAACAUAAAAUAAGAAGGGAUAAGUAAAAGUGUUUUAGCAAACAAAAUGCUAAAAAAAAACUAAACCUAGAUAUUUGUUUUUCAGACCUGAAAAUGUUCUGUUGUCACUUCCAUUCCAAUUUUCACUUAUCAUAUUUUUAGAACACAGGUAUUUUACACUUUGAUCAGCUUCAGGGCAAGAUAUUUUUUUACCAUGUGCGCCCUGUCCUCUUACAUCUAGUCCCCUGGUUUUCUUAAAACUCUUAGCUUUUUAUACACAGGAUGAGAUUUAUUUAUGUGUUCAAUUGUAAAAACUGGUCUAAAGUACUAAACAUGGGGUAGUCACCAGGGAAACCAAUGGUACCAGCAGGGACAUUCCAUCGGUAACUCAUUCUCUUUUCCACAUUCUUACACACAAUAUUGUCAGGUCUUCUAUACUCAAUGUCUCCUGGCUCAUUAUACACAAUCCCCAGGUCAGGUCUCACCGUCACCUCAGGGCCUACUUACUUCCCAACUGUUGCGUUGUUGAGUGAAUUGUUGUGUUCACUCCAUUACACUUUUUAUAUUCUCUUCUCUUCUACACACUCUUCCCUUAUUUCUAGUUAUGUCUUUCAACUGAUAAGAACAUCAUACUAUUUCUAACCACAUUUAUUUCCUACCUUUUUUUAAGAGUGGCCUAAUUGGUGUCUAGUGAAAGAAUGGCUUGAAUCAGUGUGUUCCAGAGGUACUCUCUCAAGGGAGUACUGUAUUAAAGGGACACUCAACACUAGGGAUAAUGAAGCACUCUAAGCACCAUAACCACUGUAGUCUAAUUAAGUGAUUAUUGUGCAAGGCGUGCCCUGGCAUCCUCCCAGUAUUAGUGGUGUAACUUACCAUGUGCCUUCCACUGCCUCACCUGCUGCCUGUCGGCUCUGCAUCAAGUUAAGUCUUGUGGUACAGGGAGGUGUUGAUUGGCUGAGCAUACUCAGCUGACUCAGGCUGUUGUUGUUACGGUCUUUAGCAUUUAAUUUAAUCUUCAUUUAUUUUGUGCAUAAUAUAGAUAAUGCAUUAAACAAAUGUCAUUAAAUAAACAAUACUUUCCACUGACAACCUUUUAUUUCUUGUACCUUCCAGCAUUACUAGACAGAAGCUAAAACAUGUCAGUCACUCCUAGAUUUUCAAUUCUCUCAAAUAGUGUUUUAAGACUACCCCAUAAUCCCCUGCUCAGAUUAGGCAUUCUGCAUAUUACAAAUUUUAAACUUUGAUUAAGAUAUAGAUGAUUCUGACCAUUUGCAAAUUGAUGUGGUCUCCUGGUGCUGUGCACAUCUCAUUUUCUAUUCUUCCAAAUAUUUAAAUAUAUGGCGUGACAUACAACUCUUCAUCUUUCAACUUCCCAUUGUCAUAUCAAUAUAAUAGGCUUAGGUUUUAUUCAGAUGACUUUUCCCAGACAAAAACAGCUCAGCAGUGACGUUCAGCUCAAACAGGCCUCAUGUGUGACUCCUCCGCAACCAUCAUAAAUAGACAUAAAAUUGCUUUUCAGAAUUAUGAAGCUGAAUUAGCCUGGAGAAUGAUGAACCUUUAUAGUAUAUAGACACAUGGGAAAACAGAAGCAACUUGGAAACAAUGUAUACAUAUAUUAAAGUAACACUACAGGGUAUUUUAGCAUCCAUUUUGUUAAGUAUUUUGCAGACAAUGCACUAAAAUACUUAUUCAAAAAAAUGAUAAAGGCAUUUAAAAGGCCCAUUAUAGUAUAUUAAUUCUGACAUCUCAGCCAUCCCUGAUCUUCCAUUGCUUCUAAUUGAAGUUAGUGAACAUGUGCUUGUGUGAUAUCAUCAUGACAGACCUGCCAAGUUGCACUAUUUCCUUGAGUGACACAUGAUUUUCACACUAAGUAGAGGUUGAUCCUGCACUCAAGAGAGGGAAAUCAGGCCAAUCUGAUUUCGCGAAGCACCGUUCUCCAAAAGAGCCACUUCUCCUCUCUCCUGUUUAUAGCAUGUUUGAUUUGGUGCCUAUGUCAUCCUUGGAUAUAUGAUUUUUACGCAUUCCUCAUGAUCUCUUGCCUAUUUUACCCAGGGUCAAGAUGACUAUUUGAAUGUUCAGAUUGACCAGCAUUUCUUCAUAGAGAUCCAUUGCAUCAAUGCAUCUCUAUGGGGAUUUUUAGGCUAUCCAUGCAGCACUGGAAUAGGAAGCACAUCUAGUGACCAUGUGAGUACUGCCCCUAGAGGUGUCACUAGGCAGCAAUGUAAAAGGCAGUGUUUACAGUGCUAAUACUGCAAAGACAUGCAUUGACACCAGAAUCACUACAUUAUGCUGGUGACUAUAGUGUCCCUUUAAAGUCUUCACCAUCAGCAAUACGGUGUCAUUGUUUUACACAAAACAAAAUACAAACACCAGAAUCAUCUUACAAAUAAUAUUCUCUAAUAUUUGCUAAUGCACCCCUAUUUCUACAGGAUGAAGAAAUAAAUUAAAAGUUACCUUUUUUAUUUGCUCUUUUGAUUUAUUUCUUAAAUUCAAAAGACAAAACAAAACAAAAACGUGAAAACAGCUAGUGUGCAUUCGUAUUGUUGAUGAAUUUCGGUAAAGUGUAUAAUUUAGAGUGCUUUAACACAAGUGCAACGUUUUGGAGAUUUUAAGGUACCACUCAACAGAAAUCUAUACACAAAAUUAAACAUACCCAAGCAAUAUAGAAAAAGAACUCUUAAACUCAUUUAUCUAUAGAGUAGGUUGGAUACACAUUAAAAGAGGAGUCUAAGCACCAUACUGUAGACAUUUUGCAUUAUAACAAAGUACAUAGUGUUCAGAGCACCCUGAGCCCAUUCUUAUGUCUGAGAGUGGCUUAUAGUAACAUGGAUUUUUAAAUAUCUCUACCGCUAUAAAACAUCCGACCAGACAGCAUGCAGUACACACAGUAAGGAAGAGACUGCACACAAUCCACAGUCCACAGUCUUCCUGAUAGUGAAAACAUAGCUUGGUUUGCUGAACAGUUGACCGGGCUGUGUAUAAGCUGAUUGCAGUUUGCUAUUAGUUUAUAGAACUGAGUCAUUCAUCUUAUGUGAGUAUUGGAACUGCUCUCCAGGGAUAAACUACUUAUGUGAUAAGCCUUUGCUAGACGGGCUUAUGCGAUACGAUCAGAAGGAGACACUGCAACUGCAGGCAGACCUACUAAGUAGUACACUGAGUUACAUUGUAAAGGUUUUACGAUAUUUUUAAUGCAGUACCUUUUGAAAUUUCUUAUGGGUGCAAUGACUCCGGCUCUGCCUUCCUAGUAAAAUAUCAGAAAAUAAACAAGCAUGAGUUGUCCAGCCCUCAUUAAGUGUUGCACACCUAUUUUUGUUUAUUCUUACCCCUUUAAUACUUCUGUGUAAGCUGUAUUGCAAUGCUCUAUGUAGUGCAGCUUGAGCCGGGCAACUGUACUUACUCUAUGUAAGUCUUGACAUUUAAAAAACCAUUUGGAAAUGCUUUAUUAUCACUAAAAUAGUGUACAAUCUCUCCAAAGGUUCUUUACAGAAUUAUUUAAUACAUGGAAACAGAUACAAUGUAAUGUGAGCGAAAAAGUGGAAUAGUGGUUGAUGGAAGCUACAUCAGGCCUGAUUUGCUAAACAGCAACCAGAGAAUUUUCGGUUAAAUGCCCCAGGGAGAGAUGUUAAAGUUUGUAAUAUACAUUGCUGAUGCUCUGCAAAACAUGGUAUGGGUCCCUGGGGUGGAGCAUUUGGAGAGCAGGGUGGGCCAAUGCUCCAACAGCACUUGUUGCUGUGUAACAGACCGGAAUUUGGAUUUAACUUAAGAGUUAACUAAUUGGCACUCACCUGUAGCUGGUCAAUUAGCAGACAGGCCUUUAACCCCUUAAGGACAGAGCUUCAGAAGCUUGUCUUUCACUUAAUGACAACAGCAUUUUUUAAUUUUUUGCUGUUUGCGUUCAAAUGCAAUUUGCAUUUUACAAAUUUAUUGCACCGGCGCAUAUUAUAUAUCGUUUUUUAAAGGACAGAAAGGGCUUUAAUUUGAUGUAAGAUAUAUAUAUAUAUAUAUAUAUAUAUAUAUAUAUAUAUAUAUAUAUAUAUAUAUAUAUAUAUAUAUAUAUAUACAUAUCUAUAUGUAUAUAUAUAUAUAUAUAAAUGCUUAUUUAUUAUAAAAAAAUACAGAAAAAUGCAAAAAAAAAAAUUGUGUUUUUUUUUACAGUUUUUGCAAUAAUAAUGUGUGCAUAAUUAGUGCAGGUUAAGAAAAGUAAUUAAAAAUAAAUUCAUUUAGUUGUUCUGAUUUACAGAACAUAUAAUGUGUCUAGGAUUUUAAGUUUUCUUUGGUAGUUACAGGUCACAAAGCACAAGGAGUAAAAUAAACUUUUAAUGUGGAGUGAUUUUAGAAUUUGGUAUGUUUGUCUUGUAAGCUUAAUAGCCAUAAAAGAAAACAAAAUUGCCACACAAAAGUAUAUAUUUAUAUAAAGUAGAUAUCACAGGCUAUUUACCUAGGGUUGUUUUGACAUUUUCUACGUAGCCAUUUCACCGCCAACCUCUGCUAAAUAUUGGAGUAAAAUUGUGGGGUUUUUUUUGGUUUUUGGCACACAAACUUAUAACAAAUAAAUUCUCAUGUGUAUUUUGUAAAGUUGGUGUGUGCUGUUCCUGUACAAAGUUUUAUUUUGUAGAAUAAUGAGCCUAUGCUUCCAUUUGGGGUAUUAUAACAGUUUGACUGUUCAAAAAAGCCCACAAAGGCCUACCAUUUGUAAAAGUAGACACUCCAGGGUAUCUCAUAAGGUGCAUAUUGUGCCUUAACAUGCUCCCAUUUUUUCACCAAUAUAUGCCAAAGUAUGUGAUAAAAAAUUAUUUUGUGUGUUUUUUACAUAUGGAUUGCAUUUUUUUCUGGCCAUUUUGUAUAUAUCACAUGUGCCACUAAGUUCAAACCCCCCAAAUUAUGCUCUGCUAAGUUUUCUGAGUAAAAAGACACCCCCAAUGAAUGUCUUUGGCACUAUUUCGUGAAGCUACAGUGCCAUAUAGGAGACCAAGCCAUAUCAGUUUUUACCGAACUUUGAAUUUUGACGCUGGCCCUAUUUGCAAUUUCCAAGCAUCUUAGCAGGGUUUAAAUUCAAACUACCCUACAAAGGCCUACCAUUUCUUAAAGUAGACACCCCAGGGUAUUUCAAAAGGUAUAUUUUGAACCUUAGCGUGGGAUCAUAUUUCCGCUAGCUUGUACCAAGUGUAGUGGUAAUAAGUGUUUUCUUCUGCCUUUUUGACACACAAAGUGAGUUUGCACAGUAUAUUUUGCAAACCUUAUGUGUGCUACGACUGUAUAAUACUUCAUAUGUUGCUCAGCUAUGUCGUCUGAGUACAGCAAUACCACCGUAUGUACCUUUGUCAGGUAUAUGUGGAUGUUGAAGGGGCACAUUUGAGACGCAGCCAUUCAGUUUUUUUCUAACUUUAAAGUUUUACGCUUUGUCCAUGUUCCAAUUUGGAGUAGUUUAGACGGUUGGUUAUUGAAACUUUCCCACAAACACAAACUAUUUAUUAAGGAAUACACCCUGGGGUAAUUCAAAAGGCAUAUUUUGAACAUUAGCGUGGGAUCAUUUUUUCUAUAGUUUGUUCCAGGUGUAGUGGUAAUGAGCAUUUUUAAAUGUAUUUUUUUACUUUUUGAAACUUUUUUACUUUUAAAAACUAGUUUUUAAACUCUUGUUUUGCUUAUUAUUUUUUUUUAAACUUUCCUAAACUUUCUUAAAACUUUUUUGAAAUUUUUUUCUAAGCUUUUUUUUUACCGUUAAUCCCUAACUAGCAGUAAGCAGCACUAACAGUAAAUUCCCCAUUUUCCCAUAACUCCCACCCACCCCAGCUAGCAAAAUAUAUAAUUAUAAAAUAUUUAAAUUAAUUAAUUAAUACAUUGAACCCCUGAGGGUUAAAAAAAUAAAUAAAAGUUAAUCCUCUGGGGUUAAAAAAAAAAAUUAGAUCACAGUAUAAUACUGUGAUCUGUAUUUUGAUCACUGUAGGCAGUGAUUGACUGGCAGGGAAGGGGUUAAUUUUUAUUUGGACUGGGUAAAGGGGGGGGGGUUAUUUUUUACUUAAACGUUAUUACAACGUUAAGUAAGUUUAUUUUAAAACUAUUUUUAACGUUAACCCCUAGUUAGUCUAACACCAAAUCCCCCAAUUCCCCACUAACUUCCACCCACCCCAGCUAGCUAAAUAUUUAAUUUUAAAAUAUUUAAAAUUAAUUAAUUAAAUAAAUUUAACCCCUGAGGGUUAAAAAAAAAGAAUUAACCCUCAGGGGUUAAACAAAAAAAUCAGAUGACAGUAAAAUGUAAUCCCUGCCAAUUGUAGUCAGUGAUCAAUUGGAAGGGAAGGGGUUAAUUUUUAAUUAAAAUUAGUAAAGGGGGGUGGGAUUUUAAAUAAACUUUAUUUUUUUUUAACAGGGGGCAGGAUCAGCACUGUUCCGGCUCCCUACACUUCACACAGAACCAGGAAGUGCAGGAAGGUGGAAGGUAAGUAUACUAAGCACGUGUGCUCAUUCUGACAUGAUGUCAGAGCGAGCACAUGUGCUGGGGCAGCACUAUCGGGUGCUCCCGGUCUGCCUCUAAUACAGAGGCAGACCGGAGCACCAUUAACCCCGUGAUCGCUGUGAUAUCGUCGAUCCAGAGUUAAUUUUAACGGGUGAUGGACAAGGUCUGUCACUCGUCGUUAUGGCAAUCCCUUAAAUUGACGGACCUCGUCCAUCACUCAUCGUUAAGGGGUUAAAAGAAGAGAUCAGCCUGCUGCAGAGUGAGGGAGAAAAAGCCAGUGAGGAGAGGAGAGGGAGAGAGAGAGAGAAAGAAAAAGAAAAAAAACACCCAACAAUUGUGUUUAUUGCAAAGCUAUUUUGUUUUUUGGGGAAAAUUGGUAAGUGGGAAAGCCACCCAAUUACAGAUAGUGAUUUCUGUCUAGUAAGAGCUCAAGUUAGAGCAAGGCAUUUUGUUUUGUUUAUUAUUACUUAACCCCUUAAGGACACAUGACAUGUGUGACAUGUCAUGAUUCCCUUUUAUUCCAGCAGUUUGGUCCUUAAGGGGUUAAAGCAGCUGUUUUUCCUAUCAAAUAAAAAAGGAAAACCGAACUGAAUGUGUCCCGGACUUUGUAUACCCUUGAAGGCUGUGAUUUAUUGUAAGAUAUGUGACAAAAUCCUACCUGUAAAAGAUGUGGUUUGUUACAGUAAGAACCCUUUAACAACAACCUAUACAAAAAAAACUGUUUUGUAUGGAUUUAUGAGACAGCUAUUUUUUAUAUGUUUAAAAGUCAAUACAAACUUUAUAAUUAUUUUACUAAAAGAAGAAAUGGUAGCAAAAUGGUUAAGACCAGAAACACUCUUUAAAUAAGUAGACACUUCUAUUUAGCUUUGUCGUGUGUGUGUUUUUUUUAAAUUGUAAAUACUCAUUAAACUAGCCUUUUAAGCUACACACAUUAAACAGCAUUUUAAACAUUUUAAAAGGUAUUUAUCUAUUUGGAGUUAGGGUACAGGUAUAACAGGUGACACAAUAGAAUUUUGGCAAACAGUAUUUCUUUUCCAGUUGUCUUACUGUGCUUUCUGUUUGAUGUUAGAUAGAUACUAAUUGUAAAUUAGCUGUUCAUCAAUGAGCUCAACCUAGGUCACUUGACACCUGGAGUGGAUAGGUAUAUUGACACCACCCCUGUUGUAUGUUGUUGACACCCACUCAUCACUUUGUGUUUAUCUCCUAAUACUUUUUUGUGUUUUCCUUAACCCUUUUGACCAUCGUAUGUGUCUCUUAACCCUUAACGCUUGUCUGAUUCUUAACCAUCUUACUUUUUUUGUCUCCCCAAAUACAUCCAUAAUAGCAUGCAUUCAUAAUGCAUCACUUUUUCUGGCUCCCAUUCCCAUUUGGUGAGUGCAAACUCCAUUGUUCUUUACUACACACAUACACAUACAUACACAUACACGUACAUACUUUUCGACAUAUAGCUACUCAUGCACAAUCAUAUAUAGUGACACUCAGCCACACUCACGCACACGCUAUGUCACAUACAGUCGUAUGCACACAGUCACACACAUAAUCACAGUCACACACACAGUCAAAUGCACACAAUCACACACAGUCAAAGGCACACAAAGUCUUGGAGGAAAGACGAGAUGGUGGGAUAUGAUAGAAACAUUUAAUACAUAAAAGGAAUCAACAUAGUAAAGGAGGAGACUAUAUUUAAAAGAAGAAAAACUACCACAACAAGAGGACAUAGUUUUAAAUUAGAGGGGCAAAGGUUUAAAAAUAAUAUCCGGAAGUAUUACUUUACUGAGAGGGUAGUAGAUGCAUGGAAUAGCCUUCCAGCUGAAGUGGUAGAGGUUAACACAGUAAAGGAGUUUAAGCAUGCAUGGGAUAUGCAUAAGGCUAUCCUAACUAUUAGAUAAGGCCAGGGACUAAUGAAAGUAUUUUAAAAAAUUGGGCAGACUAGAUGGGCUGAAUGUUUCUUAUCUGCCGUCACAUUCUAUGUUUCUAUGUUUCUAUAAGUUGCAUGCACACAAUUACACAUAUAGCCACAGGAAAUGGUACACAGUCACAUGCACACACAUACAGUCAAACACCGUUAUACAUACAGUCAUAGACACACAAUUAGCCUUCUACCUUUAAUGGCACCAGAUGGGAGGUUGUAGUGGAGUUCUAGUCCCUGGUGUCUAGUGGCUGGAGAUGGGAAGCAGGGACUCCUCCCUUGGCAAACUGCAGUUACCAGGCAGCGGGUUCAAGCAGCAUUUAACUCCUCCCCGUUGCCUGUAAAUGACAGGCAGCUGCUCCUCGCUGUCCCUAUUAGACCCAGGUAAAGGAUAAUGAGUAUACAGUGCAGCCCAUCUCCUCGGUGCUGCUUUGGCUCAUGAAGAAGCCUUAGUCUGAGUAGGAAUCAACUGCUGUGAUUUGCUGAGUGUCAGCAAACUGAUUCUGUCAUAUCAAGGUGUCCAUUGCUGAUAGGGAUUAGUAUUUUUAGAAGGAAGAGUGCAAUCUAUGCUUUACCCAUGCCUCCAGUGGGGCAAGGCUGUGAGUGGCCAGGGACCUUUAUUUAGUGUUCUUGAAAAUGGUUUAACCCUUAAUGGAGGAACAGUGCCAAGGGACUCCAGUCAAUAUAAACAAUUCAAAUAGUGCUUACAGUGUCCCUUUAAGUCUUAAACCUCAGUUUGGGAUGACUUUGUACCCGAUUUGGUGAGACUUCAGUUAGGGACAAUUUAAUUACGGAUUUAUGUGGUGCAAUCUACAGAUUUCUUUCUGCACUGGAGACUCUUAAUGUCCUGAAUAGCUUUAAAUGCUUUCCGCAAACUAGCUACUAAAAAUCUGGAGCUUCAUAAAUAUCCCACACACAUUUUAUUCAGCAUUUAACAAUACACAGACCAACUUUCCAGACCCCAAAAUGAGCCUAAUGUGGAGAUACAUUAAGACACAAAUAGUCACAACCAAAAAAAUUUAUGUGAAAGUGCAUUCCUAGAUAACUUAGCCUUGUAGGCCACACCUGCAUUUUUUUACUUAAACAUAUUUUUCACAUUUGAAGUAAAACUUUUAAAUCAUAUUUACUAUGACAUUUUAAAAAUGUACUGCUAAUUUCUAGUAAAUGAUUCUGUGGUGAAAAUAACCAUAUCGGUAUUUGAAUUAUUUUCUCUUCGGCAAUGUCAUUUUACUAAGAAAAGUGAAUGUGACUUUUCAUUGUAAACUGUGGAAUCACAACCUAAUGCUUCAACUAUGGAAUUCUAAGUUUAAAACCUUAGUAAACAAAGUGUCCACUUUAAAAAUCCAUUGAGUUCCACCUCCAAUUUUUCUCUUUUUUUUUAAUAAAUAGACAUAAAAGACAGGUGGGGAAGAUCUCCAUUAUGCUUUUAGCAAAGAGGGCUGAAACCUUAUGUUUCGGAAUGCAUGUGGUUAUUAAGCACUCCAGAAUUGACACCACACGCAGACUGAAACAAACAUGGACAUUUCGCAAGCCAGACAUCCAGACCUUUUUAUUUUAUACUGUGUUUAUCCUGUGUUGGGUUUUAUAUGCUUAAAAUAUAUAAUAUUUGAAUAUAUGAAGUUUAGGUUGUUGUCCUCUUAUCCAGAAAUCGAGAUGGAAUAUGUUGUAGACACAUUUAGAUGCCUAAUACUGAUCCUCAUUAUGGCUCUAAUAGAUGUCAAAGGUUUCAAAUAGAAUUCUAAAGCUUAUUUGCUUAAAUUUGACUAUGUCUGUGUUUUCUUGUAUUUAUUAUUUUUAGCAAUUUUAGCAUUUGGCAUUUGGACAUAAUACAGGAAUUUGAAAUAAAAGUUGUCCUAGGUAAAACAUGGAAUUAUAAGUAAUUAGAAAUUAGAAUUAUAAAUGGUCCCCUAGAUCUGUGUGUGGAAGGCACAUGCUCAAUACAAUUACAGUUGUCCCAGGGACACUUGCAACAGCAGGAUAAGUCAGUGGUUAUGGCUCUGUAUGAUGGGUGGAGGAUAAAAACUCAUUUGUUAACCUAUAUUCAUAUAUUACCCAUUUACUGGAAGAAGGUGUGGUAGGACGGCUUACUCUAGUUUUACGCCCUAAAGGAGACUGGAUGUAGGCUAAUGUAAUUAUGCAGAAAAAUGCACCUUUCAACAUUUCUGCUUCAAAGCUUUAGUUUGUGAGUUUGGGUGCAAUCUUUUACCAUCUUUUUACACCACAUAUAGAUUUGACUGUUAGUCAAAACCCACAUAGAUCAUAAUAAAUGGAGUGAUUGCAUAAAAUGGAGCAUAGGAAUCAUAUCAGGUUAAAAGGAUAUUUUGCUUAUUAUUAUUUUCAUUAUCCCACAAAUCAUAAUCAUACAGUUAUUUAUUAAAGGGUUAACUGUCAGGAAUUCAAAGGGAAUUCAAACUGAAUAUAAACUUGUGAACAGUGAAUAUUUAACUAGCAUUGUACACCCAUGAACACCAAUGGUGCCAAGGUUUCGGUGCAGCUAAGACUUUAUCAAGCAGCAAUGUUUUUAAAAAAAGAAAUAAUAAUUAGUAACAACAUAAAAUUAAUACCAAAAGCCAGUGCACAACUAAAUGUGAAAAAACACCACAAUACUUAACAUUAGCAUUGGCAUGUGAUUCAGUUUUAUCUGAAAAUUGGAACCAUAAAUAUAUUAUGUGUUAUGUCUGAAGGCUACAAACGCUCUAUUAAAAAAAAAGAAAAACAAGUAAAAAAAACCCCAUACAUAGUGUACUCAAAUUUAAGCAAAUAAGCUUAAACAAAUUCUAUCGGGAGUCAUUCACAUAUAUUAGAGCCAUAAUUAGACUCUGUAUUAUGCACCUAAAUAUGUCUAUAACAUAUCCCAUCUUGAUUUCAGGAUACAGGGGACGACUGAUUAAACUUUGUAUAUUCAAAUUUUAUAGGCUCCAAACCCUGUGUAAAAAGUGGACCAAUAAAUCUCAUUGCUGGAUUGCCACUUUACGUAGGGAUAAAUAAAAGUAUUGUACACACACGUUUCACCAAUGCUGUCUUCUUCCUAGUGCAUAUUUCGGUGUUGUCCAAUAUUUAAAGUUUUCCUUUUUGAUAUGGGCAGCAGUGAACUCCAUACAAUAAAAUAUCCUUAUUGUUCAUAAUGUAUACAAUUAUAUAGUUCUUACCUUAGAGCAAUCCAAGGUCACUUUAUCAAGUAUCCAAAUAGGAUUAUUUAUCUUAUAAAAAAAUCUCAUAAAUCUUCCAAGUAGUAAUAAUCACCCAUCAAUUUACAAUUCAUGAGAAAUGCUCCAUACGUUAUACCUUCAAUAAAUAUCUCAUUUUGUAUAUAUAUUUUAAUCCUAAUAGCUAUUGAAGCAUGUAUAGUCAAAAAUGUUAUUAAAUAAAAACUUUUGUUUACAUUCUUUUUUGUUCAAAAUCUAAGUUUAAAUUUUAGGAAACAAAGUCUCCACUUUGAAAAUCCAUUGGGUUCCACCUCAGAUUUUUCUCUUUUUUAUAAAUAGACAUAAAAGACAGGUGGGGAAGAUCUCCAUUAUGCUUUUAGCUGAAACAAUAUGUUUGCUGAAACAAACACAGCCCACUUUGUGAAAAUCGUAAUGGAAUGCAUGUGGUUAUUAAGCACUCCAGAAUUGACACCACAUGCAGACUGAAACACACAUGGACAUUUCGCAAGCCAGAUAUCCAGGCCUUUUGAUUUUAUACUGUGUUUAUCCUGUGUUGGGUUUUAUAUGCUAAAAAUAUAUAAUAUUCGAAUAUAUGAAGUUUAUGUUGUUGUCCUCUGUAUCCGGAAAUCGAGAUGGGAUAAAUUGUAGACACAUUUAGACACAUAAUACCAAGCCUCAUUAUGGCUCUAAUAUGUGUCAAAAGUUCCAAAUAGAUUUCUAAAGCUUAUUUGCUUAAAUUUGACUAUGUAUGUGUUUUCUUGUUGUUUAACAUAGCAAUAUUAGCCUAUGGACAUAAUACAGGAAUCAGAAAUAUGUGUAUGGUUUUGAUUGUCAGAUAAAGCUGUAUCGCAUGCCAUUGUUAAUGUUAAGUAUUGUGUUGUGUUUUCCAAUGUAGUUGCACACUGACUUUUGAUAAAAUGUUUAUGGGUAGCAGGACCUUUAUGAAACUUGAAAUAGACUCUACUGAGCCAACAUUUCUUAGCAGGGAUUUAAAGGAAACCUGUAACCACUUACAUUGGCCUCUGCGCCACCGCUGCAAUCUCAUUAGCGCAAUCUGUCUCUGCUCCUCCUCUGCUGCUCUCCAGUACGCCCGAGAUCCUCCUCUGCUCAUCACUGUUUUGCCCUGCUUUGGGACAGUUCCCCAAGGAGGGUAAACUUUUUCAGUGACGCCAAUACGCUGGUUUUAUCGCCAGCCUGCCAGUGUCUGAACAGAGUGAUGUCCUGUCACUUUGUUCCUAUAUUAUCUAGCCAGCACUAGCAGCACUGGCUAGGGAGAUUCCAUGGGUGAAGAGCAGAAGGACCUCCUGAAGGAGGUCUAUUCUGCUCUCCUUUAUCAACCAAUUUUCUUUUUUCUCCAAAUCUCUAUAUUUGUUAACAAAACGACUAGCACAAUGUAUAGAUGAAAUUUAAUUUUAAAGAGCUAAAGUUGUUUUGUGCACAACCAGUGCCCUUUAAGCUCAUAUAGUCACCUACUUUGCUGAACUUUACUAGAGAGUGCAGGUUCAUGUCAGUUUCUAUUAGCUGCCUUCUCAUGCUUUUGUGGCAGUGAAUAUCUUUAAUGUGAAUUUACUGAAUAUAAGACAUAGUGGAGAUUAGUUUGCAAGGCAGCUAUUUACCCCUCUGCAUUUUUAGUAUUUGUGUCAUUAGAACAUCUAAAUAUACUCUUUUCUUUUUUUUUUUUUAACAGAAAUUCCAUAUUAAAUAAUUUAAAUGUUAUCUUUCAUAUGUUGGAAUGUUGUCUAAAUAGAUCCAUAGAAUGCUAGAUUUGCUGUAAUAUAUAUUUAAUGUUUUUUUUGUAUAAAAUGCUUAGGUUUAUGUUCUGUGAUAUGAUGCUGCAGAUAAAUAAAUUUGAGAAGGUGAAAUAUUAUUUCGGCAUUAGUGCUUAUAAAAAAAAUAUAUUACCAGAUUUCUAAUUGUAUUUUUUUUUUCUCUCAAAUUUAGUCAGAGCUCUCCGAAAUUCAAGAACAGCUUCAUCUCCAGCUCCUGGAUGUGGAUGAUGAAGUAGAGAAAUGGCAUAAGGAAAAAGACCGUAUCAGAGUAAGAUCAAAAAUCCUCACAUUUACUGUCAAACUUGCUACAUUCUCUCUCCAUUCUCUUAAAUAUGUAUCGCAUGCCAUUGAUAAUGUUCGAGUGUUAUUUCCUUCUAUUGGUCCAAAUUAUGCUUUACAAGCAUCCAGUUUAAAUCAUACUUCACACCCAGGGCCGGACUGGGGAAAAAAUUUGGCCAAGGCAUUUUUGAACCACUGAGAAGGGGGCAGGCCAGAGAGGGGGGGGUUCAUCUCCAAUGACAAGCACGCCCCCUCUCAUAGUGAGCAGGUUGGCUCAAUCCGCAGAGGCCUGCUGAAGAGCUCUUGCAUGAAAAAAGGCCCUGUAUUUGUUCUAUGCAGGGCAAGCAAAUUUAUUAACAUGCUUGUGCUGUGUUUGCUUGUGACAUUUCUCCGGUGUCUCCAUAAGUGGGAUACCAGAGAACAAUAGUCUAAGGAAAGCGUAUUGUACAUGUGCUUAGAUCCUGCUUGUGGGAUUGAGUGUGUGUAGAGUUAGUUCAUUGUGGUGUGGUGUUUUGUGUAAAGGUCGGUUUCAUUUGUGUUGUUUGUGGUGUAAUAUGUAUGGCUGGGGGCUGUAGAGAGUGUGAGUAUAUAUGAUGUAGCGAGUGUGUGCAUAGGGGCUGUAGUGUAUGUGUGUAUAGAUUAUGUACUGUGUAUAGGGGUUGUAAAGUGUGUGUGUUUAGGGAAAGUAAUGUGUUCUUGCUUAGUGUGUUCAUAGGGGAUCCACAGUGUGGAUGUAUUUAAUGUAGUGUGUGUAGGUGGUGCAUUGUGUGCAUAGGGGAUCUAGUGUGUGUGGAGAACCCAGAGUGUGCAUAGCAGAUUUAGUGUGAGUGUAGAGGAUUCAGAAUGUGUAUUCUAGUGUGUAGGUGUGUAGAGGAUCCAUAGUCAUGUAUGGGAUCUCGGGUGUGUCUGUGAAUGGUGCAGUGUGUGUGUGUGAAGGGUGCAGUGUGUGUGUGAGGGGUGCAGAGUGUGUGUGAGGGGUGCAGUGUUGAGGUGCUGUGUGGUGUCUGGGGUGCAGUGUGUGUGGAAGAGGUGCAGGGUGUGUGUUUAAGGGGUGUUGUGUGUGUGUGUGAAGGGUGCACUGUGUGUGUAUGAGGGGUGCAGUGUGUGUGUGAAGGGUGCACUGUGAGUGUGUGUGUGAGGGGUGUAGUGUGAUGUUUGGUGUGUAGUGUGUGUGCAGCGGGGUGUAAUGUGUGUAUAUGAAAGGUGCAGUGGGGUGAUGAGGGUAUAGUGUGAUGUCAGGUAAAACUAAAAAAUAUGUUUGUGUGUGUGUUUGUUUUUAUUAUUAUUUUUUUUAUUAAUAUAAUAUUUAUGUCCCCCCUCCCUUCUUACCUUUGUCUGGGAGGGGGGACCUUGUUGCCAGCCCUGGUGGUCCGGUGUGAAAUCCUUGGUGGUCCAGUGUGGAGUGAACUCUACCCUGUAGUUACUGGGAUAGAGUUCACUCUUGCGAGUUUGGAGCAUUGCCAUAGUAACCGCAGCCACGCUCCGACCUCGCGAAAGGAACCCGGCAGAGCUGCUGGAUAGAGCUCCACUGGGUCCUCUCUCCCUGAUUUGUCCGGCCGCAUCCUCCCUCCCCCGGCCACAUCUCAGAUAGUUUGUCUGUGAAGGCACACAGCAGGGCCGGCGCUCUCAUGGUAUAUUGUCCUUAAAAAGCUAGUCAGCUUGUAACCUAUUCCUUCCAGGUCUGCUGCCUGGUUCGAAUUGAGAGGGGCCUAACAAGAAGGGUUGGGGCCUAGUGGGGAACACCUUGACAAUCUGCCUCUUUGCACUUACCCAGAAUUGGCCAUGCUUCCAAGGGUUAUGAAUGAGAAGCCUCUGAUUACCAUUUCCCUGUGAAGAGACUAAAAGUGUAUUUUCUGGAAAAAAUUGAAGAUGCAUGCAUGAAAAUACAUUCAUUUUAUAUAUAUAUAAAAAAUUCUAAUAGGUUUGCACUCCUGGUAAAGCCAGUGGUUUCUAUACCCGGUGCUGGUCUAACAAAAAUACAAAUUCAAAAAACACUGACCGCACUUCAAAGACUUGUAAGGAUAUGUUUGAAGUAAUACUUAACUUUUAUUAAUUCAUAGUUAAAUAAGACUUCUUUGACAAUGAAUUCAUAAAAGUUAAGUAUUACUUCAAACGUAUCCUUACAAGUCCUUGAAGUGCGGUCAAUAUUUUUUGAUUUUAUAUAUAUAUAUAUAUAUAUCAUUAAAAAUAUGUUUUACAUACUAAAUAAAAAAAGAAGGAAAUAAUAAUAAAAAGGAUAAUCUUCUACAAUGUCCUGUUUUUAGCCUUCUGUCCCUUUUCUCCUCCAUGCUGUUUGAAAGAGAUCCAUAUCUCUUAUUAUAGGCAGCAGCAGGUAGGAGGGAGCUAUGUCCAUGCAGCUACCAGGGUUAUUAGAGGUCAAGGCAGGUGUGCUCACAGCAAAACUGUUUGCAUGGAGCUCAGUGGUAAUGAGCGUAAGGACUCAGAAUGUGAGUAGAGCCGAGUUCUACUCAGUCUUUAACCGGGACGCUCCCUAUAGUGACUUUCACACUGGUAGUUCCUGGAGGAGUGUUCUACUUUAAACUUUAAACAUUGCUCUUGCUAUGAAAUAGCAAUAGUUUACACUGCAGGACAAGAAUGACAAGUUCACAGCACCAAGACCCCUUCAUAUAGCUGAAGUGGUCUGGGUGCUUACAAUGUCCCUUAAAUUAGUCUACCCUUCCUUCCACCCUCCUAUUAAUAGGGGAGUGUUUUUGCCCAUUCCUGGGGAAAGCCCAAAUUCUAUAUGUGGACAGUAAUAAUAAGUAUGUAAUUGUUCUAUAAGGUCACCUAAACAAGUCAUCUAGCGCUCUACACCUACUUCAGCAAGAUAAAGUUAAACCUGUCUGAUGUCAUGGAAUGGUUUUAUGGAUGGCAAUUAAACUCUUGUAAUAAGAACAAAAAGCUUCCACCUUACUUUCAUAUGUCUAUGUGGGAAAAUCCUAUAGCUUUUGAAGCUUAGCAUAAAUCUGUCUAGAUUUUCAGUUUUGUUAUGAGCAUGUUUUCCCCAGAUAUUUAUCCAUUUAUGUAUUUUACAGUGAUUUGCAAAAGAUCUGUAGAGUGGGUAGUUAAAGUGAAUAAAUCAAAGUUUACAAUCCUUGUUGCACAGGCCAGAACAUUCAAAGGGGCACUGGCAAACAUUUAAACAAGUAAUGUUUAUGACCUUUGAGGAUUAACUUUUCCACAAGGCUAUGACUUUUCCAUAAGGCUGGAAAUGUUACGUUAAAUGAACACAGAGACUAGGAGUAAUACAUUCUAUUCUACUAAAAGCCUCUCAUGUAAUGAUACUGUAAGUGUAUACUCAGCUCAGCUACUUAGAGAUUAGUGUCUGUUAGAUUACUCACAUGACUGAUUCUCCAUUCUAUCUCAUUUCUCUUUAGCAUGGCUUUGGUGUAUGAUACAGAUAGGAAUAAGAUAGUGAUUGACUGUGGGACAGAGUCAAGUCAGUAGCUGAUUUCAAACAUAUUACACAGUCUACCUUUUAACCAGGCAGACAUUUUGUGAAAAUGGAAGACAUGAAUGUUGCUUAGCAAAGAAAAAUAAAUAAAUAUUGGAAUGUAGAGAGAAACACAGCAUGAAUUUCAAAACCUGUGUUGGUGUCCAGAGGGAUCCCUGAGAUACUCACUAGAGUAGAAUAAAGCAGCUAAGCUGCCUGUCUGUCUCACACAUCAUGCUCAAUGAUCGGGUCAGAUGAACAGAAAUGAUUGAACAUCAGUCUACAACAAAGGGUGCCAGUGAAUAUCAGAAAUAAACCAAACAAAUGAGGGUCAGAGCCUAAAAAAAGGAUUAUAACCUCACUAAGAUUACCUCCAAUGUUAGAACAUUCUUAGGUAAUAGCAAAUAACUUUAUUAGUAACAGAGAAUCAGUAACAUACAAAACACACCAAGUGCCCCCCAACAAAAAAGUGAGGUGAUUUAAAGAGUCAAGAUCUAGACUACUUAAUGCAGUUAAAAAGUAUGGGGAGUCCCGUGUUAAACUGGGAUGUCUACAGCAAGGCUUACGUCACUAAGUGGUAAUUUCAUAUAACAAGCAACCAUAGAAGUCUUGUAUUUAAAUCCCUCAAUACAAUGAAUAGAUGCACUAGUAACUAUAAAUAGUAAAGAUGGAUAAACAGAGGGGCGCAAAGACAGUAUAUAAAGAAAAACCCUAGUUUAACUGUAAAUAAAAGGGAGUGUCUGUAAUUCUUAAUUAGAUAAAGUGUAUAUAGUAUGUCCAGCCCCCUCAAGGAAUACACACAGUUAUAAAUAGAGAAACAAUUAUCACAUAUGGAAAUAGCAGGCACAGAAUUAUACUUAAUGUAAGAAAAGGCAAAUCAUAGGAAUAUAAUUAAGGCAAUUGCCCACUGUACGUCACUACUACCAACCAACUAUCAGAGAUCUCCUCCCAGCGCGCUGCUUCGAUUCAGCCCCCCUAAUCCAAUAUAACUAUAAAUAACCUAUUCCAAGUAUUAAAAAAGUAAACACGCAUUAUAAUACUAGAAACCCCAUCCUAAGAAGUGAAAAAUAAAAUCAAUGAAAGUGCAUCAGUUUAGCAGCUCGACGUGCGUUUCGGCGUUUGAAGUACACCUUUUCUCAAGAGCAAACCACCAACUGAGAUGCACUUGCUUAUAAAGGUAAGUGGAUCACUUCCACUCAUAAUGCUCAACCAAUCAUAGUCAAUCCUGCUCAGCCAUAUCAGAAGUGGCUAAAACGAGGAAUCCUAGGUUGUGUAACAUAUAAAGCCAGGAGUAGAGGUUGAUCUACUAAAUGAAGAUUCUCAAACGUCAACUUACCAAGUAAUAGGUAAAUUUAACUCCCAAAGAAACUGAAAUGAUUGAGUUCUUCUGAACGCCAUUCUACAUCAAAAGGUGCCAAUGAAUGUCCCAAGUUUUUCUACACCCUAUGUAAAUUUUGGGUUAUUAAGGAUUAACAAGUAACGUGGCCUGUGGGGUAGGUGAUGCAUAAAACACAUUAAGCAAAUUCUUUAUAACUAAGAAGAGUGCCUAAGGGUUAUGUUACCCUCUUAUAACCAAGAGGUUUGAUGAGAAUGCAGGCAUGGAGAAUAGACAUAUGUUGUUCUCCAUCUGAUGUGCAGUUACACAGCAUAGUUUCACAGCUGAAAGGAGACUUGCAUCCAUCAAGCCUUCUUCGCAUCUGUUUUUGCCAUUGAUCCAAAGGAAGGCAAAAAAAAAAAAAAACAGUUUGAAGCUUUUUUAACUUUGCAACAUACUAGGAAACAAUUCCUUCUUGACCCCAGAAUGGAAGUCAGACCUCUCCUUGGGUCAAGAAGCUAUUUAACUAACAGUUAAAUUCAGUCAUUUUGUUAAAUGUGACCCCAGUUCCAAUGACCCCUAUCCUUGUCCAUAUUAUAUAAAAUACCCUGCUAAUAAUAGCAAUAAUCCAUAUCUAUUCUCGCGUGAAUAGGGAACUAAAACUAAGGCUCUCUGUGUGUCAAUUCAGUGGCCCAAAGUAAUCGAAUGGCUUUUCAUCCACAUUGCAAGACUAUAAUAUACAGUAAUUAUGGAAAUGUUUUACAUCUGACAUCAAGUUUGUGGUCAACAAACAAGAUCAAGAAAGUUUAUGAUGUUCCCAAGUCAUCCAACACUCCCAAACUCCUAUAAAAUGUAUAAUAGAGGUAGAAUAUAUUCUUUGUUUGUGAUCCUAGACCACAGAACCUGUAAUAAACUAGUGUCUCAAUGUGAUUCUCUGGCAGUAAGAGAUCACAAGGUAUAUGCCAACACAUAAUUGACAUGUGAGGGGAAGAGAUACCUUUUCAGAGUUUUACGAUCAUCUACUCAUUUCUUGAGUAUAGAUAAUAUAGAUAAUUGUAUAGGUAAUUUUAGUUACAAUCAUGCCCCAUGACAGGUAUAUUUUAAAUAUAUUUUAAAUCAAUUAAUAAAAUAGCAAAAAAAAAACAAUACUUGCAUUUGACUUUCCAGAAUUUGGUGCACAUCCAUAUUCUAUGCACCAUCCCCCCCUGAGCUCUCACAAAACCAGAAAGUGACUCAUCUAAUUAUUAUGUUCAUUAAUUUUCUAUAACACUACUGAGUUUAUUCCAUAGGUCGUGUUUUAUGGGAACGGCAUACGUUUCUAGAAGCUAAAGUUCAAUAGUCAGCUUUCUACUGGAAAGGAUAGUUAAUACAAUGUUAAACAAAAAUCUGCACACCAGUCAAGCCAUAAUACAGAAAUCACAAAUCUGCAGUAUAGUUGCUACUGCAAAGGUUCUGGAUGGACAUAUGCAAAUUAGUUAAACAAAGAAUCACAUUUUUAAUUAUUCAGUUUUAAACAUAUAUUCCUUUUAAUCUGUUUUUACUGUAUACAACUUAGGAAAAGAUGCAAAGCCAGUGAACCACUUGUGGACAGUUGCUUCAUUGUUAAUGCAAAUCAUCAGCAUGAGGAUGUUUACUGGUUUGCUUAUUGAGGCUUGGUAGUGCUUAGGAAGCAAAAAACAAUAUGGUUAUGGUGGGGGAAAAAGUGUGAUUGAAAACCCCUUCCACGUGAAAGGGAAGUAGUGAGUGACUUAAACCCACAGCUGAAAUUAAGACACGGGUUCGAAAUACUGUCCCUUAUUUUGAAUUGUUAAGUUACUUGAGCUCAUUAAAAUGUUCAUGAUUGCAUCUACUGAUUUCUUUCUAGAACUUCAUAACAAACCAAAAGUCAGCUGUGGAUCACAGCUUCAAGGAUCUAAUUAGAGAGAUUCAGAGACAACAAGAAGAGGUGAAAGUACACCUGGAGCAAAAAGAAAGAGCUGCUGUGGAUCUUAUUGAACAGAUUGUCAGUGACCUACAAGUGAAACGUGAUCAACUACAAGAAAAACAACAUGAUGGCGAUAAACUGUUGCAUACAACGGAUGCUGUACUGUUCCUGCAGGUGAGUUUAUAACUAAGAAAGUAUAUAACAGUGUAUUUUUUUGCUUUGUAAUAAUGUUAGGGAUCAUGGUGAGUUUAGUUCUUGAAAUUUCUAGGAAAUUACCCAAGGUAUAACUGAGUAACUUAAUUGUUGCAAGUAACUUUUUCAAAACAGAACUUUCCCAAUUACUUUCUAGCAGAGACUUUCUAAAAUGUAUGUUUGAGUAAUCUAAACAGAGUAAUUUAAUGAAAAUAUAUCAAAGGUAAGGGAUUAUUCCAUCUGUGCACAGCAGGAACAUGGUAAUAAGAUGACUAUUAUAUAAAAAAAAAUUGCUUUAUAGCAAAAUCCAGCAUUAGGGACAAAAUGCGCAAGAUGCAUGUUUUAUCCUGAAUUGUGUUUUAUGAUGCUGCAUUCAAGAUAUGGAUAAAUAACUUUUGUACUGUAAUAGUCAUAUUAGUCUGUUUUGUUCCUGCUGUACAUAUUAUCCUCUUUCUUUUGGCAUAUGUUACAGUGUUUAACUAAUUGGUUUAGCCCUCCAGCGUUCUCUAGGUCCUGGGAACAUUUACUCAACAAUAAGCCUCCUUUACCUGUUAUAAAGUAAUUUGGCUGAGCCAUGCAGAGCUUCCUGGUUAUAAGUUAAAGAAUAUCUUAAGCUAAUGGAAUAUAACUCGGACAUUUUAUACACAUUAUGCUGAUAUUUUCAAUGAUUAUAUCUUUUUAAUUGACAAAGGAAAACUGAUGGUUUGUAAAAUAUUUGUGUUAGAAGUUCUUGAAGGCAUCACAUACUUUGGUUUCAGCAGAAUUAGUACUAAGGAGAACAAAAACACAAUGCCAAACAGUGUUAUUUCUAAGAAUGUAAAUGUAAUGUGCCUUCUUCCCUCUUUCCUUCACUUGCAUUCUUGUAUUGUAUAUGCUCAGAUUUACUUGGGUCAAGCUAUCCCAAUUUUCUGUGGGUCUAACUAUGAUGACCUCUUUUCUUAAAGGGACACUAUAGGUCUCCUUAUACCUGCAUCUGAAAACAUUGCAGUUUUAAAGAAACAGCCACUAGAGGUGCUUCCUGCUGUUUCACAGAGUUUAACUCUGUGAAACGACACUGGACGUCCUCACGCUUCUAAAUCCUCAUAGGAAAGCAUUGAUUCAAUGUUUUCCUAUGAUGAAAUUCCUGAUGCAUGUGCAUUAGGUUCCCCAUUAAGAUGGCAUCAGAGAAGGAGAUGAUGAUGACAUAGGCACUGGAAUAAGGAGAUCGUUUAAAAGUUUUCUAAACCUAUAAUUGCCGCUGGAGGGGAGUGGGGGUGCAGUGGCAGAGAGACACCAUAGUGCUGGGAAUACAGCUUUGUAUUCCUAACACUGUAAUGUUUCUUUAACCUGCCACAUCAUUUUUCAUGGGACAUUUGUUCAUGGGAAAUUAUUAUUUAGACUUAGGCUUUUCACUAAACACCAAAAUAUAGUAAACUCAAAACUGAAUUGCAAAAUAAAGUCAAAAAUAGCCAAACUGUGACCAUAUAAGUUUAGUUCAAUUGUCCAAUUCAGGUACUUUAGACAAAAUUUCCAGUAUAAUUUUCAAUUCACAACAAUUUAGUGUUUAUUAAAUAAAUCCAAUAUAUGAAUGAUCUCAACUUGGAAGCCUUAAACAUAUGACUCUACAUAUAAUAACUAUGUCUGUUUAUGGAAAACCAUACCAUUUUACGACUAAUAUGUUUUAUACUUUCUUUUCAUACCCACAAUUAGUAAUAUUAGAAUAUCCAUCAUGAAUAAUAACAUUAAAAAAAUAUUUAAAAUUCACAUUAUAUAUCACUGUUAAUAAUAAUAAUAAUAAUAAAAAUAAUAAUUAAUAAUAAUAAUUAAUAUGUAAACCUGUUAAAGAAUAUAUUUUUAGAUUUCUGUAGAACCAUCCUUUUAAUUUGACACACUUCUACAUCAAUAUUACAUGAUUUCACUGUUAUUUUCCAUUUUCCAUUUCAUCAGCUGACUAUUUACCAAGGUGAAGAAUAUGCUGCAAGCUAUAUCUCAUUUUUUACAACUACAAAAUCAGAGUCUGAAUAAUUUUUACAUUCAACUUUAUCUGACCUUACGCAAUAUAUGAUACAGUCAUGUACUGUAAGUUGGUAGUUUGAAAAAUGGCUUUGUGCACGUGGAACUGUUUGACAUAUGGGCAGUAAAACAUUAGUAAGUGCCUGAAGUACAGCAUCUAAUAACAACUCUUGAAAAUAACUGCAGGAGCUUAAAAUCAUUGCUGGAGUUCAAAACUGUCCUAUUCCUCUUUGUAAAGUAGGAACGAACAUUUCUCAUUGCUCUUGCUUAAUCAUUAGUCUUUUUAAAGUAGAGCUCAUUCCUUGUUCAAACUUUAAAUGAAGAAUUAGAAGUUAUUUAACAAGAACUGUUCAGGUCUCAAACACAUUCUUUCUCAUUCAGGCCAUUACAGAUAGUUUCAAUAACACUCAUCCAACCCAUAAGAGGAGUCAAGACAAACAAAAGCUAAAAGGUUGCCUCUGCACAAGAGAUAUAGAAAUUCCAAAUGAUCAUUUAGGACCUUGACAGUAAGGUGUAGCUGAUAACCUGAUAUGAACAUGGCACAUGUGGUCCAUGUCUGGAUUACCCUUUUAAAUUAGGGGAAUGCUAAACUAAUGGAUUGAAAGAAAAACAAUCAUUAUAUUGAUUGUUAUAUUGAUAUGAGAGCACAGAAAAUGUGCAAAACCUCAGCAUCAUGUCUUGCAUUUUUCCCUGAUAAAGUCUCAAUCAAGUUUUUGUUCACAUGUUGCAUUACACACAGUGAGGGAAAAAAGUAUUUGAUCCCCUGCUGAUCCCCUGCUGAUUUUGAAAGUUUGCCCACUGACAAAUAAAUGAUCAGUCUAUAAUUUUAAUGGUACGUGUAUUUUAACAAUAAGAGACAGAAUAACACACACAAAAAAAUCAAGAAAAACGCAUGUCACAUAAGUUAUGAAUUGAUUAGCAUGCAAUCAGUGAAAUAAGUAUUUGACCCCUUCGACUUGGUGGCAAAACCCUUGUUGUCAAUCAGGGAGGUCAGACAUUUCUUGUAGUUGGCCACCAGGUUUGUACACAUCUCAGGAGGGAUUUUGUCCCACUCCUCUUUGCAGAUCCUCUCCAAGUCAUUAAGGUUUUGAGGCUGAUGCUUGGUGACUUGAACCUUCAGCUCCCUUCACAGAUUUUCUAUGGGAUUACAGUCUCGAGACUGGCUAGGCCACUCCAGGACCUUAGUUUGCUUCUUCUUGUGCCACUCCUUUGUUGCCUUGGCUGUGUGUUUUGGGUCAUUGCCAUGUUGGAAUAUGCUACCUAUUUUCAAUGUCCUGGCUGAGGGCAUGAGGUUCUCACCCAAAAUUUGAUGGUGAGGUCAUAGGCAGCAAACAUGGCAAGUUGAGUUGAUGCCAAAGAGCUCGAUUUUGACCUCAUCUGACCACAGCACUUUCACUCGAGUUCUCCUCUGAAAGAUUCAGAUGUUCAUUGGCAAACUUCAGAGGGGCCUGUUCAUGUGCUUUUUUGAGCAGGGGAACCUGGCGGGCACUGCAGGAUUUCAGUCCUUCAUGGUGUAGUGUGUUACCAAUUGUUUUCUUGGUGACUAUGGUCCCAGCUGCCUUGAGGUUAUUAACAAAAUCCUCCUGUGUAGUUCUGGGCUGAUUCCUCACCGUCCUCAUGAUCAUUGAAACUCCAUGAGGUGAGAUCUUGCAUUGAGCACCAGACCAAGGCAGACUGACAGUUAUUUUGUGUUUCUUCCAUUUACGCAUAAUCGCACCAACUGUUGUCACUUUCUCACCAAGCUUCUUGGCGAUGGUCUUGUAGCCCAUUCCAGCCUUGUGUAUGUCUACAAUCUUGUCCCUGACAUCUUUGGACAGCUCUUUGGUCUUGGCCAUGGGGAAAAGUUUGGCAUCUGAUUUAUUGAUUGAUUCUGUGGACAAGUGUCUUUUAUACAGGUAACAAGCUGAGAUUAGGAGCACUCCCUUUAAGAGAGUGCUUCUAAUCUCAGAUCAUUACCUGUUUACCAUUACUGUUAAAAUUACAGACUAAUCAUUUCUUUGUCAGUGGGCAAACGUUCAAAAUCAGCAGGGGAUCAAAUACUUUUUCUUUCACUGUGGUAUGUGUAUAUGAGACUGAUCCCACCCAUAAAGGCAAUCAAGAUCUGAAAUCCUGGCAAGUUUUGGUUCAUUUACAGAUUGCCUAAUGUCUCUCUAAAGUAAAAAGGAAAUCCAGGGUGUGCUUGUCACUGUUCUCUUUUCUAAAAUUUUGUCAAAGUUGAAAAUCUCUGUAAAAUAAAGAGGUUUCUAUGACAUUAUAACUCAAUCAAUAUAAAUAUUUAACAAAGAAAAUUUCUUUUAAUAUAAGAAAAAUUGAUUGUGUCACUUUAAUUCAGCAAUGUUUGAAAACAAAAUAGCUGUAAAUAACCAAUUUAAUUUGCAAAAUGCCUUAAAAGAUUAGCCUCUAAAUACUGGGAGUUAAUUCUUUAAAAAAUAAAAUAAAAAAUAUUCUCCUACUCUGCUGGGAACAGAUGUUUUUGUCACGAGUCAAAUCUAUUAUUAUUCUUCUUAUUGCCAUUUAUAUAGCGCCAACAGAUUCCGUAGCGCUUUACAAUAUUAAGAGAGGGGGGAUUUAACUAUAAAUAGGACAAUUACAAGAAAACUUACAGGAACGAUAGGAUGAAGAGACCUAUCAUUACAGACUGUAGCAGGGCAAUACGGCUUUUCGGAAUACCAAUUACGAAAGGGUUACAAUAAUCCAUGUGGGAAAUUACUAGAGCAUGGAGAAGCUCGUUGGUAGCAUCUUGUGUAAGAAAGGGGUAGAUGAGGGCUAUGUUUUUAAGAUGGAAUCUACAGGACUUGGCAACAAACUGGAUGUGAGGCUCAAAGGAGAGGCCAGAAUCAAGUAUGACGCCAAGACAGCGCGCUUGCAAGGAUGGACUUAUGUGGAUACCACUAACUUGAAGGAAGAGCGAAAGAGGAGAAUCAGUUUGUGGAGGAAGAAAUACAAGGAGCUCAGUUUUAGAGAGAUUGAGUUUCAGAAAGCAGGAGGACAUCCAGUCUAGCUCUGUGCACAUACUCUACUGGUUGAAACAGCAAAUAAAUGAGCUAACUAAUUAUGAACAUAAUUUAAUAUUGACUAUUCAAUUUUUUUUGUUUUUGGAUAAACUUUAAAAAUGAUUUAAUAUUUUUAAUAUUUUAUAGUUGUUUAUAUAUUAUAUAUUUGUUUAUAUUGAUAUAUUUUAUAUAUGAUUUUUUUAUAUUUAAUUUUUUAAUUUUUUUUAAAGCAUUUUAAACUUUUAUCUAAAAAUAUUAAAUCAUUUGCAUUAUGGGGCUAGGUUAUGACAAGGAAAUUGGAUUGGAAGUUUGGGAGUGGAUUGGCAAAGAAAGGGGUGUUUCACGCCCCAAUCUAUGUUUCCUGCUACACUUGAGCAUUUAAGAAAGUUGCAUUUAAAAAAAGCCACUAUGAUAAUUCUGCUAUGCUACACUUACAAUAUAAGAUAUUGUAAAACAAAUUGAAAAACAUGUAUUUUCUUCUUUUUUUUUUUACUUAUGAUUUAACAUGGAAUUAUAAAUUAUCUAGUUUUAUGUUUACCUUAGUUAUAUUAUUCUUAUUAUUAAUUCUUAUCAUCUUUAUUGUUACAAAAAUAAAGGAAGAAAACAUGUUUAUUAUAGAAUUUUCUAUAAUUAUAGUGAUUUCUGAUUCAUAGCCUUUUCCCUGAAGACUGUAAUUAGACCUUUUAGAUAUAUUUAACUCAGUGAGGUGCACCAUAAACCUCGGGAGUAUUAGUUGUUGAAGAUCAUAUUGCCUGAAGUAUAAUAUGACUCUUGCGAUGUUCAUACUUAAUGAAUUGUAAUUUUCUUGGAAAGUAACCAGAAAUCACGUUCUAGCUUGUAAAAAGGUAAACGUCUAUUACCAUUUAUUAGACUCCCUCUCUCGAAUUUAAGAUUUGAAAACCAACAUAGCUUGAGUCAUCACAUUUCCUGUAAAUUCAAAGCUCAUAAGCCUAAGGGAUAUAAAAUGAAGUGUGCAUUUUACUAAAUACGUUACCCGUUUUAAAAGGCUUCUCUUUGCCAUAGUAAAUGAUUCACUGAGUGUUCUGUUUUUGUUUUUUUUCUAAUGCAUGAAAGAAGCACCAUGGGACCUUUUGAAAACCAGGACAUAGUGACUUGUGGUUAGUUGACAAAGUCACAACAUUUAGGUCAAAACACUCAAUUUAAAACAAUAUCAAACUAAUUUCUGAUGGCCAAAACAAUUAAUCUGGAUACAUAACCAGUGCCUCAUCCUUUAUAACUCUCACUAAUUAACCAGUGCCACACACCUUAUCAAUCCCCUUUCCUAACUAAUUUAUGCCAUCUCUUCUGUUCGAACUUCUCACUAACGAACCAGUGCCACCUACCUCUCCUUUCUAACUUUCUCCUUAAGUAACAUGUUCCACCUACCAUGCCUCCUUUCUAGCCUCCCAUACUAAUUGGUUGCACCUAAAAAAUAUCUGUGUUUUGCCCAUGUCGUACAAAAACUUUGGCCAGCUAUUGUCCAUUUGAUCACUUUAAUUAAUUACCACUGGUUUGCCUUAAAUUGCAUAGCUUUAGUUAUAUUAAAUAUCAUAUAAAAUUAUGCAUUAGUCAUGGAAAGAUUACAACACUUGUUUAAUACAGUUACCUCUCUUGAUGUUCAUACAUUCCUGGUGUUAAUAUAUGAAGUAUUGAACUUCAUGGAGUUUUUUUUUUUCUUUUCUAUAUUACUAUACUGACCUAUGCACACUUGUUAUCAUAUGAAAUUAUUGUAUGAAUAUCUACAAUUUCUUUCUUUUUUAAAAAAAAAAGAUUUUUGCUGCUAUUGUACUGUAUUGUAAGAACAAUUAAAUUAUAUGCUCAUACUCUACAGGAGUUUCAAAUGGUGAUAAGGAAUGCUCCACCAAUUCCUCCUCUGCCCACCUACACUGUGACCUUAGAAGGAGAAAGGCUGACACAGUCAAUGGGUAUAUUACGUGAAGAGAUGUUGUCAGCGUGCAAGAAGAAUGUGGAUAAAUACUGCAAGACUGAAAGUAACCGCAAUCUGGUGGAAAAAAAUGGUAAGUGCUUAAAAUUUGCCUAUCUUGUCUAAAUGGUUCCAUUGGAAAAACUUGCAGUAAAGCAAAUACCUACAUCAUAUAAUGUAUCUCUUAUGGCUAUUUAGUAAAGUAGAGAGCUUGUUUGAAUAUAAUGCUUUGGCUAUAAAAUCCAGAUGAUGGGAACACAGCAAGCUGUGAAGAGCUUAUUACCACUGAGAGGUCAUAGGUUACAGUUACGAUUAUCUAUAUAGCUCCAACAUAUUAAGCAGCACUCGAUAAUAGGUAAACAAGACAAACACUUGAAGGGAUACUAUAGUGGUGCAUCAUGCAUACUAUUAUGGAUUUCUAGGAAAACUUUGUAAUAAAUAUAAAUUAAAUUAAAGGACUGAGAAGCAUGGAAACUCUUGAGGAUAAUUUAAGAAGAUGAAGGGGUGGACAUUAUAUUUUUUAAAGCAACCAUAUAUAUUAAGUAAAUUACUUUUAUUCUUAAGGUGACAACAUUAUUUAUAGUGAUGCACAAUAAAUAAAACAAUCUCAUAAAAUAGGAAAAAAUAUUACUAUUACAUUAGUAAGUGCAAAUCUUACAUCUAUGUUAGAGUAAAAUAAAAAAAAAUCAUAAAGAUCAAAUUUCAAUAUAUUUUUACUAAAUCCUUUUCCGUUUCUACUUGUUUGAUAUGGAUUAUGAAAUUCAAAGGAAUUGAAUGUGCCUUGGCAGUGGAACUAAACAGUUUUUAUGCAUACCUCUGAAGCAUAAAUAAAAAUGCAUGCAUGUUUUCUUUGGGAUUAUAUUAAUUAAAUUGUUAAAAAUAAAAUAACAUAUUUGCAUUGGAGUGUUCCUUUAAGAUUUUCACUAAAUGAUCAACUGAAAAAUGUUAACAUUUAGGAAGAACUUGCAGUAAUAUAAGAAUAGCUAAAUUGAAGAUUUUUUUUUCUCUACACAAUUCUCUGAUUACAGAAUAAACUCAAAUGAGUCACAUCAAAUGCCUUAAAUAUGCUUCUGUCUUUGGGUUAGUUUAUAAGACAUAAUGCUGAUAAAAGGUGAAAUUGCAUUUUAAAUAAACCUCAUUUGCUCAUGUUGGGAGCUUGAAUAGUUCUAUCGAUUCUAACCACCCAUUAAAAUUAAAUUGCCUCAGUUUCCCAGCACAUGGAGAAAAUUUGCCUUGUCGUUUUGCUGUAUUGAUGCAAGUGAAUUUUCUUUUUUUUUCUUCUAUAAAUACACAAUAAGAAUAGGUUAAUGUGGCAUCAAUGAUAUUAUUUAUUUUAAUCUGCUUUUUUAUCCAGUGUUAUAUUAAAAAAAAAAAAAAUCAAAUAGAAAUUAAAAUAAAGAGAUAAAACAGCAUGCGUAUUUACGUACAAUAAAAUCCUGGACACAUUGUACAGACUGGACAGUUUAUAAAAGAGACUGUACAUAAAAUAAAAUAAAAAUAUUCAGGAGCUUGGUGCCAUGAAGUAAUAGUUUAUCUCACAAUGAUAUUUUAUUAUAUCUGCUAGCCAUACUCUAGUUAUUAAUUUUGCAAAUACAGUAUACUUUAAAUAUAAGUAGAUUUUCUCUUAUCUGUCUUUCUAUUGGAAAACGUGCAUAAGUAUAAUUGGACUCAACCUGAAGAGUGCAAACGAGAGUUAUAUUCUUUUGUAUCCUCUUGUAGAGUCUAUAUCUAAGUAAGACCUGUGAAAAGCUUAAAGGGCACUACAGCGUUAGGAACGGAAACGUGUAUGCCUGACAGUAUAGUUCUAAAACCACUGUUAAGGUGGUUGUCCCCCCCCCCUCUUACUUUGGGUUAGAAAGAUGAUUUCCUCACCUUUUUCCAGCACCGCGUGGUGCUCCAUGCAUCUGGCCCCACUCCUGAUCCCUCUUACUUGACUCACAUCAUCAGAAUUAAUCUUCUAAGCCAAUCAUAAUGCUUUCCCACAGGAAAGCAUUGGAUUGGCUGAGAUUUCAAUUCUGAUGAUCUCAGCCAAGGAGGUGGGGCGGAAGUGGAGUCAAACUCUGCCCAGGCCAACCAGCAGCCCCUCAUAGAGAUGCAUUGCAUUAAUGUCUCACUAUGUGGAAAGUUAAGCGUGGAGACCAUGUAACACUGUGCAGCACUGCCCCUGGAAGCAUCUCUAGUAGCCGUCUGAGGAGUGGCCAUUAGAGGUGUAUCCAGGCUGUAAUGUAAACACUGCCUUUUCUUUUCCCUGACAAUGCAGUGUUUACAAUAAAAAGCCUUCAGGGACUGACUAUACUCAUCAGAACAACUACAAUACCAUGUAGUUGUUCUGGCAACUAUAGCGUCCGUUUAAUAAUUUCUAAGCACUGCAUUGCCUCUCAAGCUCAGCUAAAUUCAACAUUUCCCCAUAGGUAUAAUGGAGGAAUAUUCAUCUGAUCCUGCAGUGUUUAAUUGCUUCUUUUAGCAGGAUUUACAUAAAUUUACUUUGGUAAACGAUUGCACCUCUAAUUAACUGAUUUUCAUUAACAGUUAUUAACUAAUGAGUUUAGCAUUCAUUGCUCAAGGUACAAUGGUAAAACAGAUGCCAUUUUGUUAGGCGUAAGAAACAGAGAGAUUAUUUAAACUCAUCCACACACAUACAUUCUCAGAUAUGAUCAUCUAUAAAAGCUCACACACCUCAUGUCUUGUCUUCACAUGUACAAAGAUUUCAAUGCCUUGCCAGUAUUUUGUACAUGCUACAACAAGAAACUAUUAUGCACACAAAAAAAAAAUAAUAUAACUUGCUAAGAAGGCCCAUGUUAUUAUUAAUGUCUUAAUAUCAAAGUAAGGCAAUAAUGAUUACUGUAUGUAAGAAUAACAUAUAAUACAGACUGGAUAUUCUGGAAGAAGUUGUCCUAUAACAUUUGGUGUUUCUGAAAUACUUCAGCAAAACUUCCAUUUAACUGUGUGGAUAAAAUAUAUGGGGAAUAUGCAGGGCAUAUUCCCACCUAAUUCCAUAGUGUAUGCUCUAUUUCUCAUCUACUUUUAAAUCAUGUAACAUAUAUACCAUAUUCCUUUGACAAUGCAUACAGGUUUUUUGUGUAGGACUGGUUUGGAGUCUGGUUUGUGUCACCACUGUUGACCAUUUUAAAAAAAAUGUAUUUAUAUACAUAUAUUCACCACAUUUAUUACAUAUUCCUUGACAUAGAAUGAUCAUAUAGUUUGUACAUGCAUAUAAAUCAUCAUCUCAAUUCACCUAUGUUCAUUAUACUUUUUACAAUUAAAAGUCCACAGCCUCUGUAGCAUUUAAAAUACAAAAACAUAGACUUACAAUUACAAGCAUUACUAUCGUACUAGAUCAAAGAUCUUAUAAUAACCUAUUAUCUUCUAUUCUCUUUAUUCCCUUCUUUUUCCUUCCCACUCCUUCCUUUCUCUUUCCCUUAGUUAUUCCCUUCUGUUGACUACUGUUGACCUUUGACCAGUUUUUGUAAUUUGUGCCGUCAUGUUAGUUGAGUUGGUAGAAGUGAUCAUUUGGCAGAACGGAUCUGUCCUGAUUGACAAAUUUUCUGUUUAGGCCUAUCAAUAGAGAUUUUUACCUUUGUAUUCGUAUAGGAGAAAGUGCAGUAAUUAUGUACAGUAAUUAGAGCUCUUUCAGACAAUCUGUAUACAGUAAGGCAAGACUGAUAAAGUAAGGUCUGAACUAACUGCAUGUUGCACAGACAACAUUGUUUAUUUGCAACAGGGCGUAUCUAGAUAUAGGGCAAGGCAUAAAAGAAUGUGAUCAUGUCAUAGUGAGACUGAUGAUACUCUUGACAAAUUGAUUUGUCAAAGUAAAUGUAAUCUUUUUAUAAGCAGAACUAGUCUACUCAGUCUUACAAAAAGUAGACUUUGAUUGUUUUUCCAAGCACUUAGCUUGUAGCAUGAUUUGGCACAUUUUGAACUCUGUGUCUGUACUAAGCAAAUACAAGUCAAUGAUCUUCCAGAACCAUAAAAUCUACAACUACAUAUAACAGACAAAACGGAACCCAGAGUGCAUUGCAAACAAACAUACUCUCUCCUUUUAUAGUUUCACGUUUGUUAGUGUAACAAGCAGGAAAUAAACACAUUUUUUGUACAUUACAAACAUGUCAGAUGCUUUGUUUGUGACACUACAAAAACAUAGAAACAUUCAUAUAAAUGGCACUGUAAGCUUGGAAGUACUCUAUCCUAAUUCUCCUUGACCUGUCUGCGGCUUUUGACACUGUUGAUCAUCAACAGCUUCUUCUCAUCCUCCGCAAUAUCGGUCUACAAGAUACUGCUCUCUCCUGGUGCUCCUCCUACCUCUCCCAGCGCUCUUCCAGUGUUUCUUUCUCUGGCUGUGCUUCUUCUCCCCAACUCCUCUCUGUUGGUGUCCCCCAAGGUUCAGUCCUUGGUCCCCUACUGUUCUCCAUCUAUACUGCCUCCCUUGGUAAACUCAUUAGCUCCUUUGGCUUCCAAUAUCAUUUCUAUGCAGAUGACACCCAAAUCUACCUGUCCUCUCCUGAUCUCUCCCCGUCCCUCUUGACAAGUGUCUCUGACUGCCUCUCUGCUGUUUCUAACUGGAUGGCUGCCCACGUCCUUAAACUAAACUUGACCAAAACUGAAAUUCUGGUCUUUCCUCCCUCAAGUGUUGUUACUCCUGUGUCUGUCUCCCUCCAAGUCAACGGUGCUACCAUUAGCUCCACCACACAGGCUCACUGCCUAGGUGUUCUCUUUGACUCCGAUCUCUCCUUCAAGCCUCAUGUUCAAUCUAUCGCCAAAUCCUGUCAUUUCCAUCUCAAAAACAUUGCGCGCAUCCGCCCCUACUUAAAGCCAGAUGCGACUAAGGUGUUGGUCCAUUCCACUGUCCUUUCUCGCCAUGACUACUGUAAUCCGCUUCUCAUGGUCUUACAUGCUCCCAACUAGCACCGUUACAGUCCAUAAUGAAUGCGGCGGCAAGGCUCAUCUUCCUGUCCGCACGCACCUCCCAUGCCUCACCCUUCUGUCAAUCCCUACAUUGGCUUCCUAUAAAAUAUAGAGCUCAAUUUAAAAUUCUGGUUCUUGCUUUCAAAUCUCUACAUAAUGCUGCUCCCACCUAUCUAUCCUCCCUUAUACACAAGUAUGUCCCGUCUAGGCCCUUACGAUCUGCUGAAGACUUAAGUCUAUCUUCUGCCCGUACUCCCACCUCUGAUGCUCGCCUUCAAGAUUUCUCGAGGGCUGCACCGUUCCUGUGGAACUCGCCUCCCUCCUCCGUUAGAUGCUCACCCAGUCUCCACUUCUUCAAAAAAUCGUUAAAAACCCACUUCUUCAUAAAAGCGUAUCCAUUAAACUGUUAAUAGCUCCUGACUGAUUCCUCUUCUGCAACUGUCAUUAGUCUAAUACUAUCCUUACCUUUUUGUGUCAUUUUACCCCACUCCCUCUAGCAUGUAAGCUCAUUGAGCACGGCCCUCAACCCCUCUGUUCCUGUGUGUCCAACAUGUCUGGUUACAACUACAUGUCUGUUCGUCCACCCAUUGUAAAGCGCUGCGGAAUCUGACGGCGCUCUAUAAAUAUCAUAAUAAUAAUAAUAAUAAUAAUAAUAAUUUAGUCUUUAUUGUUAUACUAUGGACCUUUGCUCACUUCCAUGUAAGUUAGUAAAAAUGUUACGGGUGAUAUCUAUUUUCUGCAAAAAUCUCUAAGCUGGUAAUUAACUAAUGUAAAAUAAUUUGCAUAAUCACCCACUGCAACUGAGUCACACUACACAGGGCAGUUCUAGACAGGCGCGGCUUGAAAAACAUUAAACUUGUUAUACAAGUAUAGCAAUUGUAUAUUACUAAGCACUGGCUUGUAAUCAGCUCUUGAAACCAUCAACGUCUCAAAAUGUCCCUGCUUGAAACAGCUGGCACGCAAAAAUACAAAACUAAACUAAAAACAAAAACAAACAUUAGCAGAGAUUACCUGUACCCUUAAAGGCAUGAACAUGGCUGUUUUAUAAUAUCCUACACAAUAUCAUGUUCACAAUCCAUUUGUCUAUUCUAUAUAUAUAUAUAUAAAUAUGUGCGAAAAUGCAUAGAGCAGGUGCCCAGUGACUGCACCCUCCUACUCUGACCCCAUCUCCUGGCAUCAAUCAGUGGAGGGAUAUAGGUUUUAUGAUAAUGCAAAAAUUCUCUACACACCGUGUAAUCCGAUAGGAGGUUUUAGACUCACUUCUGUGUCACAACAUGUAUGAGUGGAGAGCAGUAAACAUUUACUAAAAUAAUGCUAUUUAACAAUUUCUUGAACCAAACUAAGAUGUCAGCACCUUCUGCAUGUGCAAAUAGAAAUCCUUUAAAACCAACCAAUCACAACUUUUAUAUUUCUAACACAGACUUUGAAAUACUAUCAACUGCUUAAAGGAACACUUUAGGGUCAGGAACACAAACAUCUAUUCCUGAUCCUAUAGUGUUAAAACCACCAUUUAGGUGGCUUGCACCCCUUUAGCCCCUUUAUAAGGAGUUAAAACAUACCUUAUUUCCAGCGCCAAGCAUGUCUGCCGGCGCUGGCCCUGCCCAUUAUCAGCCUCAUUGGGACAUCAUCAAAAUUCCCCUUUGGGAAAGCAUUGGAUUGGCUGAAAUUGGCAAAGAGGUGGGAUGGGGCCGGGCUAAACACUGUGGAUAAGCAGAACAGCAGUGCUGCCUACUGCAGCACUGCCACAGGAAGCACCUUCAGUGGCCAUCUGAGGAGUGGCCACAGGAGGUAUCCCUAGGGGACAAUGUAAACACUGCCUUUUCUCUGCAGUGUUUGCAUGAAAAUGCCAGAAGGGAAUGAUUAUAUUCACCAGAACAACUACAUUAAGCUGUAGUUGUUCUGGUGACAAUAGUGUCCCUUUAGUGAUACAGAGUACACUGGUACAUAUUUAUUUCUGUGCCCACACUGUUGACAACACAGAUAUGUGUUAAUUUUCAUAUUUUUAUAUUUUAUAUUUUAAUAUUUUUAUUGUUUUGUUUUUUUUCACUCUGCUCAUUGUUAGCUUUGAGUUGCCAGCUUGCUAUUUUAAAUUUUUUGUUGCUGACAGGAAAACUUUUAAAAGCUAAUAAAUAUCACCAAAGUAAUUAUGUUUUGUUCAUAAUGAUUUAAACUGGCUAUUACCGCAGUUAAAAUUGAUUAAUUUGAUUCAGUCCAGUUGGUUCCCUCCCACACACACACAUUUAGUGAAUAGUAUUUUGGAAGCUUGAAAAGGUCUUCUUAAAUUAAUCUCACAUAAUAUUUUAACUGAGUUUCUUACAAACAUUGUUUAAUAAGUUGGACUUCUUUGGAUAGACCAUAUUCUUACUUAUCAAAUGUUAAAGCGGUAUUGUCACUUUGCAGAUUUUGUUUUAGAUUAGCUGUUUUUGACCCCCAUUAAUCCCUGUUUUAUUGUUUUGAAAUUCACCUUAGUGCUUUUGUUAUAUACUUAUAUAUUUGAUCUUUGGAAAUAUUAGUUCAUUAUUAUUAUUUAUAUAGCGUCAACUAAUUCCGCAGCGCUGUACAAUGGGUGGACUAACAAGCAUGUGAUUAAUGGGCAGAGGUGUUGCAAAGUUUCAUUUCAGUUGCAUUUAUAACCCAUUAUUUUAUCACAUCUAUACUGUGAAAUAGUAUUUUUUUUAUUUCUGUGUUAUACUAAACUUUGUACAUUUGCCUUUCAGCAGAAAACCGAUAUGCAAUGAAAGAUCUUACAUCAGAUUGGACCCAGCCAGGUGACUCAUAUGGAAGAUUUGGAUCACUUUUUAACAUGAAAGGUACUUAAACUCAAUUGUGUGUAUUUUGAUAAUUUUGGUUUAAAUAGAUAAUGAAGCCUCAAGACAUGAGAUGGCAUACAUUGACACUAUGUUAAGAAAAAUGUGUGCCUCUAAACAUGCUAACAUACAGGGUUAUUUAUUAAAGCGAGAAUUAAAGUUAAAAUAGUCUAUGCUUUCGUUUUAGCUACUAUGGCCUGAGAUUUGAAAUUGACUUUGAAUUCACCUUGAAUUUUCACUUUGGUGAAUAACCAUCUUAGACUUUAUAAAAACAAACAUAUGCCUAUCAGGAAUUUCGCACAUAUCUUCACUAAUAUAAUGCUAAAUGUAGAGAAGACUAAGAGAGUAGAGGCUCUGUAACACCCUCUGGGUUGCACGCUCCAUUUUCAUACUCAUUGUACUUAGUAUACACAGAAAAUUAGAGAAAUAAUAAAUAAUAAUAAUAAUAGAGAAAUAAGAAAUCUGAGAAGAUAGAAACAUAGAAUGUGACGGCAGAUAAGAACAAUUCGGCCCAUCUAGUCUUUCCAAUUCUCUAAAUACUUUCAUUUGUCCCUGGCCUUAUCUUACAGCUAGGAUAGCCUUAUGCCUAUCCCAUGCAUGCUUAAACUCCCUCACUGUGUUAACCUCUACCACUUCAGCUGGAAGGAUAUUCCAUGCAUCAACUACCCUCUCAGGAAAUAAAUACUUCCUAAAAUUAUUUAAUUUAAGAUUAUGUCUAAUUUAAGAUUAUGUCCUCUUGAUGUGGUAGUUUUUGAAGAAUAUUAUCAACUACCCUCUCAGGAAAGAAAUACUUCCUAAAAUUAUUUAAUUUAAGAUUAUGUCUAAUUUAACACAAAAUAAGUUUUGAAAACUAUACAUUGCUAGCAGUAUAUCUUAAACUUGACUACAAUAAUGUUAAAUACUGUAAAAAAAAUAAUAAUUUUUGUCUCUAUUAGGUGGUCGUCAGUCUUUUCAGACAUCUCCCGCACGUUUAACUGAAAAUGUUGCUUCAGGUUUGAACAGCAUCUAUGGAACAAAAGGUAUGGAUCCUAUACUAUCUCAGUAGUAAGAGUGAAAUAAUAUCCAUACACAAAAAUAUCAACCUCAUACUAGGUUUUGGGGUAGAAGAUCACACAUAAUUCUGUAUAUAUGUUUUUUUUUAUUAAUUUGAACAUAUAUGAUUGUAGAAUUGGUUAUUUAAGUGCAACAUGAGUAAUUAAUUGAAAUUAUAGAACAUACACUUCAAUGGUCCUUCUCCGACUGUAUUAUCUUUAGUACCUGACUUUAAAGUUAAGUAAUAAUUUCUUGACAGAAGAUUAACUUGGUAUUUCAAUAUUUGGGAUCUGUACUUGGACCCAUUCUCUUUAAUAUUUUUAUUAGUGACAUUGCAGAAGGUCUUGAUGGUAAGGUAUGUCUUUUUGUUAAUGAUACUAAGAUAUGUAACAGGGUUGAUGUUCCAGGAGGGAUAAUCCAAAUGGCAAAUGAUUUAGGUAAACUAGAGAAAUGGUCAGUGGUGUGGCAACUGACAUUUAAUGUGGAUAAGUGCAAGAUUAUGCAUCUUGGACGUACAAACGCAAAGGCAGAGUACAUAAUAUUUGAUAGAGUCCUAACCUCAACAUCUGAGGAAAGGGUUUUAGGGGUGAUUAUUUCUGAUGACUUAAAGGUAGGCAGACAAUGUAAUAGAGCAGCAGGAAAUGCUAGCAAAAUGCUUGGUUGUAUAGGGAGAAGUAUUAGCAGUAGAAAGAGGGAAGUGCUCAUGCCAUUGUACAGAACACUGUUGAGACCUCACUUCGAGUAUUGUACACAGUACUGGAGACCGUAUCUCCAGAAGGAUUUUGAUACUUUAGAGAGAGUUCAGAGAAGGGCUACUAAACUGGUUCAUGGAUUGCAGGAUCAAACUUACAAGUAAAGGUUAAAGGAACUUAACAUGUAUAGCUUGGAGGAAAGACGAGAAAGGGGGGAUAUGAUAGAAACAUUUAAAUACAUAAAGGGAAUCAACACAGUAUAUUUAAAAGAAGAAAAACUACCACAACAAGAGGACAUAGUCUUAAAUUAGAGGGGCAAACGUUUAAAAAUAAUAUCUGGAAGUAUUACUCUACUGAGAGGAAAGUGGAUGCAUGGAAUAGCCUUCCAGCUGAAGUGGUAGAUGUUAACACAGUAAAGGAGUUUAAGCAUGUGUGGGAUAGGCAUAAGGCUAUCCUAACUAUAAGAUAGGACCAGGGACUAAUGAAAGUAUUUAGAAAAUUGGGCAGAUUAGAUGGGCCAAAUGGUUCUUAUCUGCCGUCACAUUCUAUGUUUCUAUGUUUCAUCCUUUGGAAGUCAGUAAAGUUAGUGCCACUAGGCUGGAUAUUCAUAAUUAAAAUUAUACUCCAUUACAUACCUAAAACUAGUAAAAAAAAAUUAAUGUAUAUUUCCUAGUUAAAUCAUUUGGCUUCAUUUGUUAUUUCUGUUGUCUUUAUUUAUAGCAAUGUAAGUCAUUAAAAAAAAAAAAGCAAUAGUGCAAAAUUCUAAAUUUCGAGACAUGCUAUGUAAUCAUUUGAUAGUAAUUUCAUUUUUAAAAAUUAGCCCUCAAAUCCCACUUUAUAAAUACUCUGAAUUAUUCUCCAUGCUUUAUGGCAUUUCUGUAUUGAGAGAACCAAUCACCCUGAAAUUCUACAGAUACAUGUGUACCGCUUAAAAGCAUGCAUUAUUUUCAUAAACAUUUUGUUAAAAUAUGUGCAUUUUUAAAGAAGUCCUUGUUUUUUAUGGGACAUAUACUAUGGGGUGCAUACUUUGAGUUUCUCACAAAAUACAGCUUUAAGUGAAAAUAAAGUAAAAGAGAUGCCUUAAUCUACCAUAUUAAUAGUUUGCCAAUCUUAGUCCAUGUGAAUUUAUUAGCAAAAGCUGAGGGUACAUUACUGUGCACCAGAAAUGUUUGGUGAAAAAUCCAACUUGGGAAAAAUUGUCAGCUCUGGAUGUAAAUUCACCUAUUAUGACAGACUACUUUGUUCAGCUGUAUUCACCUAUUUGGAUGUAAGCACACUUUUUAAUGUUACCGGCUGGAAAUAGAAUGUAUUUAUUAGGGAUAUUUACCAUUUAAGUAACAUUCAUUUUCUAACAUUUUAAAGGAGCAACACUUUUUUUUUACUGUGACACAAAUUUGUUGGUUGUAUUCACCUCUUUUGCUGUGAAAUCUCAAAAUACAUUCUGGUGCUCAGAUUUGAUACAGAAUUCGCAAAAAACACCAACAAAAUGAUAAGAGAACAGAGAUGCGAGAUUGGCAUGGAUAGUAAAAUCAAUAAACAGUGAUAAACUGCUGCAAAACAGUUAGAUACACUCUGAAAGACAUAUGGAAUACGGUGUUCGAUGGCACCUGUAAGCAGAUACAUGUGAGCAGGUAAAAGCAUAGGAGGAAAGGUCCAAUGUAGCAGCUUGGUGUUGAGUUGAUGGGCAGCUCAAUUUACAAGGUGUUUGACACAACUUGCUUUAGCUUUAACCAUUUGUAAAAAAAUACAGAACAAUUGAGAACAGGAAUGAGUGCACAAACCACAACCGUGAAAUUGCAAAAAGACUGGUGUGGCAACAAUUCCCGUUAGUACAAUGAUAUAGAUGUAAAAAACAGAUACAAUAUAUAUCUUGUAAUAACUUUUUUAUUGGAUUAACAAAAUUUUGUAAUGACAACUUUUGCGAGAACCUCCCUUUCUCAAGUGCUUUAGACUUGAGAAAGGGAGGUUCUUCUGAAAGCUUGUCAUUACAAAAUUCUGUUAGUCCAAUAAAAAAGAUUUGACAAGAUAUAAAUUGUAUCUGUUUUUUUUUACUUUCUAAACACAUCAUAUACUAGUAAGCCUUCUUAUUUUGAUUGUCACAGAUCACCCCUCAAAUAUUAUUGCCACUUAUAAGGCCAUUGCUGGAAUGGUAUGUCCUUCUUCUUAAAGGACCACUCUAGGCACCCAGACCACUUCAGCUUAAUGAAGUGGUCUGGGUGCCAGGUCCUUCUAGGGUUAACCCAUUUUUUUAUAAACAUAGCAGUUUCAGAGAAUGGGUUAAGCCUUCCCCCUAAUCCUCUAGUGGCUGUCUCAUUGACAGCCACUAGAGGCGCUUGCGUGAUUCUCACUGUGAUUUUCACAGUGAAAGCACGCAAGUGUCCAUAGGAAAGCAUUGUGAAUGCUUUCCUAUGCGACGGCCUGAAUGCGCGCGCAGCUCUUGCCGCGCGUGCGCAUUCAGCCCAGGAGGAGGAACGGAGGAGGAUCGGAGGAGGAGAGCUCUCUGCCCAGCGCUGGAAAAAGGUAAGUUUAAACCCCUUUCCCCCUUCCAGAGCCGGGCGGGAGGGGGACCCUGAGAGUGGGGGCACCCUCAGGGCACUAUAGUGCCAGGAAAACGAGUAUGUUUUCCUGGCACUAUAGUGGUCCUUUAAGCAAAUUCCAACCACAUCCAAGUACAGUCAAAAAGCUUUCGUUAUUUGUUUCGAUUAAAAACAAUGCAGAACAAACAAGCAAAAAUUAGGGAAUUUAAUUUACUCAUAGAAAUUACUGUUUAAACAGGACCAAUUUCUCUUAAAAAUAACUCAUUAGAACUAUCACUUCUACAGUUAUUUUCCAAUUAGGCUUUAACCUUUCUUAUAAGGUCUAACCAGCAGUCUUCUGAGUUUGGACACUAAGUGUCUUUGCAAGGUUAUGAGUAAUAUAGAAUAAAAUAAUAUUCACAAAUACCAAAUGCCAUUUUACUUCAAAACAGUCAAACUAAGUAUGAGAAUUAAUGUUGUAUGCAUUCUUCCUUUAUAAGUACAUCAGUGUUGGAACUUAACUACAAACUUCUUUCCCCCAGUGCAUUACACUUUAAAAAUGUAGCAAAAUAUUUUCUGAUUCUUCUCAAAGCAAUUGGAUGUGUCACAAAAACACUGGUUCUCCAGCUCACAUAUACUGGCUUUGUCCACCGAUUAAACCCCACUGAUCAGAGAUCAUUGUUUUAACUAGCCACAUAACAGUGGCUACUUUUAAUAACAAUCCAAUGAAUGUCCUCUUUCAUCUCACUUAGCUUUCCCGAUUGAAAUGGAAAAAACAUUAAACAAUUCACUUCUAAAUGUAGCUGAAGCCCUGCCCCAUAUUGAAUGAAAAAUACAUCAACCCUUCAGCUGUUGCUAAGUGUAUCAUGACAGUUGGAAGUAUUACACUACUGCAAGAACUUUGUCUUUCCUUACAGGAGUGUUAUGACGUCUAUACUGUUUUUUGGUCCCCCUGUCUUGCCUACUUAUCUUCACAAGGUUUGAUACAAUUACAUUCCUCAGUCACUCAAUUGAUAAGAUUACAUUUUAUAUCUAUCAUAUCAUAAUAUACGACAUCCCAUUAAGUCCGAUUAUCAUGGGUAUGCAAUUACUAAAUAAAUACUUUUGGACUAAAAAACAAACUACUGCACUAUGUUUUAUGUUUUGGAUUCAUACAUUUUUAUAUUUUAAAAGGACCACUAUAGGCACCCAGACCACUUCAGCUUAAUGAAGUGGUCUGGGUGCCAGGUCCAGCUAGGUUUAACCCUUUUUGCUGUAAACAUAGCAGUUUCAGAGAAACUGCCAUGUUUACAUAUGGGUUAUCCAGCCUCUAGUGGCUGUCUCAUUGACAGCCGCUAGAGGCGCUUCCGCGCUUCUCACUGUGAUUUUCACAGUGAGAAGAUGCCAGCGUCCAUAGGAAAGCAUUGAGAAUGCUUUCCUAUGGACUUGCUGAAUGCGCGCGCGGCUCUUGUCCCAGCGCCGAGGGAGCCCGGCAGGGGGAAAAGAGGUAAGGGAUUAACCCCUUCCUCCCCGCUCAGCGCCAUGGGAGUGGGACCCUGAGUGUGGGGGCACCCUCAGACACUAUAGUGCCAGGAAAACGAGUUUGUUUUCCUGGCACUAUAGUGGUCCUUUAAGUUGCCUGUUACUGGUUACUAUAUUUUUUGAUGUGGUUGGAAACCUCGUCUAACUUUAUAAUUGACCUAAACUAUUUUGGUUCUUACAAUAUAGAUCAUAUGUGGCUCCGCCUACUCAGUCCAUUUUCUUAAAGUUUACCUUUAAAUCUUUAAACUUUAAUUAUUUAGUAAACAUGCUUGUUUAUCAUCUAACACAGCUUGUGCUACUGUACAUUAUACUAGCUUUCAAACAGAUUAAUUUUUAAAGCCUAUAUGAAUCUAUAUUAUUAUGAAAGACUCUAGUUAACCCCCAUAAGCACUUGAAACUGUUUUUUUUUUUUUGUCUUCUUUUGGAUCAACAGCAAAAACAAUAACUAUGUAACAAUGUAAAUCCAUCAUUCAUGGCUCUGUUGACACUUUGCUCAGAGGUACAGUAUGUCCUCUACAUUAAGAACAUAGUAAUGAGUCUGAUCUGUGUCUGAAGUGAGCAAAGAAAAUGCAUGUAUGCAUGCAUAUAGUGAUGUCCUGAACGGUUUGCCGAACGGUUCGCGAACAGUUCGCCACGAAUGGUUCGCCACGGACUCAUCAUUGAGUAAACUUUGACCCUGUACCUCACAGUCAGCAGACACAUUCCAGCCAAUCAGCAGCAGACCCUCCCUCCCAGACCCUCCCACCUCCUGGACAGCAUCCAUUUUACAUUCAUUGUGAAGCUGCACUAUUAGUGAGCUGUCCAGGAGGUGGGAUGGUCUGGGAGGGAGGGUCUGCUGCUGAUUGGCUGGAAUGUGUCUGCUGACUGUGAGGUACAGGGUCAAAGUUUACUCAAUGAUGAGUCCACGGCGAACCGUUCGGCGAACCAUUCGGGACAUCACUACAUGCAUACAUAACACAUAAAAUAGUUUUGUGACAUGCAAAUGUAGCAAAGUAGAUGUGGGUCUGUAAAUAAUGACAAUUAUGGGUUAGUAAGUUAGUAAGUACUUGUGUUAGGUAAUGUAUCGUUUUUUAACCUUAUAUUUUUUGAACCUUGGAUAAAAACACAUGCUACCAAAUUAAUAUUUAGUUUCUUUAUAUUGCGACAUUUAGUGUCAUCUAACAGAGAAAUUUAUUAUACUCCCUGAACUCACUACGACCUCAGUACCUCAAAAAAAAAUGUGCUGCAUGUCUAUACUCAUGAGUUAUUUACGUUGUAGAUCUUGUAAUGCUAAACGCAUUUCAGUUUACACAAAAUAUCAUAACCAAACAUAUAUGCCAUAAAUAUUAGUAAGAUUUUUUUUAAAGUGUAUCAAUAUUGCGAUUAUGAUAUAUUCUUCAGUCCAUUUCACUAGUGAAUAAGUGGUCAUAGAGUAUAUAGAUUAAUUCUGAAAAGGCAGCACCUACCUCUUCUUAUAGGAAAUUUCAGGAUGUGGGACGCAUCUCCCCUUCAGGCUCAAGAAGAAACUCCCAGCUACUCAUCCUCAACCUUUUCUCAGAAAGGUAUUCCAUCUGCAGUACAGAGGAUUUAGUAUAAAAUAAAAUCACUGAUUGGUGUUCACAAAUCAAGGAAUUAAGAAAUUCUACUGGGUUCUUUUUUUUCAACCACGAAAAUCCGGGUGUUUUAUGUUUCAACCUUUUUAUCUCUACCUUAACUCAUGAAGGACACUUGAUGGGUUUCUCCUUUGCUCUAUACCUCACAGCUACUUCAAAUGAUUUAUUUCUUGUGAAAAUAAAACAUCUCACCAAUUAUAAUGGCCAGAUAUUUUCAAUUAUAUUGAAGCUUACAGAUGUAGCAAAAAUGCAUCAUUGAAUAGACACACCGAUAUAUUUCACUUUUAUAGCAUUGAAAUGGGCAUACGAACAAUGUUAUGGUUAAUAUCUCAAAUGCUGCACAAUUACCACUCAAUGAAACUCAAGAACAUUCAUUACAGUGAAAUGUUUCCAUACUUUAUACAUAAAUAACUAAACUAAAUGGAGAAAUUGUCACUUGUAACAUUUAUUUAAUUAGCUAUCACAGGAGAAUGCAUUACAGUCAAAAUUUACAUUUGCAUUACACUACAAGUAGUACCAAGUUGUAAAACCGUCUAUGUUAUUUUACCCUUCACAAAAGUUCAGGUAAGAUUGUAGUCACUGAGUAGUAAGGCGAGAAGACUGUAACUUAAAAUUACUUUUAGACUUAUUCUUCAUGAUUCACUUACUUGGUUUUCUGGGCUGCUUGCCUUUGACUUUAAAUCGGAAUGAUUUAAAGCAACUUUCUUCAUUACUAUUCUUUGCAUGGUUCAAAUUAAUUAAAAAACUGAUGAACACAAUAUGAGUAUCUGAAUAUAAUUUUGUUUACCUAAUAGGCACCAGUCCAGCUCCAUCAUUCCAGUAUUCCUCCACUGUGACAUCCACAGAGUCCACCGGUCAACAAGAGAACCCCUUUAACAUGAAUGGUUUGUGUUUUCUUUAAAUAAUUAAUAGUACUAAGCUCAGUUGUAAUAUUUGGGUGAAUUUACUAGCUGCAUGAAGAAAUGGCAUAUCUGAUAAAAGGAAAAAAACAAUAUAAAACGUAAUGAUUCUUUCCCCCAUGACAUGACCCCUGAAAGUCAGAAAGAAACCUCCAUUAUAUUUAUUAGCGUGACUCAUGGUCCACCAUCUAAGUGCAAAGCAUUCCAGCAUACAUUUUAUCCUAUUGUAAGCACCAAUUUUGCACAUCUGCAAAUAUAUGGUGUAAAAGUCAAAUUAUUUUAUUAUUGGUAUAUGGAGUUUGGGGAUCCGAUGCCAUGUAAUUCUAUUACACUCCAGCCCCUUUAGCAGGGGGUGCAGGAAGGUGUAGACUGUUCAUAGGGGUACUACUUGUAUGUUAUUUUUCUCCACAUAUACACUGGGUCAAGGAACAUUCUGUGAGUCCUUCUGCUUAAUCUUGGGGACACCAUGCCAUUUAUCAGCCCUGUCUGCAUCACAGAUCAUUGUGUUGUUCUCUUUGUGUUGGAUUGGUCCAUGUCUUGUCAAAAACUUGACUGUCAGGUCCACCAUCAGGGACAUCACAUGCAGUAUUCCUUGUAAGGAGAACUUUGAAAUUAGUGGACAUGCUAGAACAAUUUAAUGUUAUACCUUGAAGUGGGUCCCGUACCCAAGAGCACUGUCUAGUCUCUUUGAGCUCUGAGACAGCUCUGGGAGGAUGUCCUGUCCUUUCGCUAAUUUGCAGAGGAUAACUACUGGUGUGCAAGAGGAGGACCCUGCACUAGCACUUUCCAAUCUGGACCAAAAGGAAGGAAAAUAGGAGGGUGGCUAAAACCCAUAUAUCAUUAACAUUUUAAUUUAUGUUUCUUUGGGAGUGUAUUUUUAUAUGUGUUUGUGUCUGGUUGUAUAUUUCUAUGCAUGACUGGCAGUAUGAAUGCAUUUGGGAUUGCGUAUCUAGUUGAGCGUAUGUAAGUAUUGGUGUAUUUUUGUGAAUUUGUACCUGGUUGAGUUUGUACACAUUUCUGGAACUGUAUUAUUGGAUGAAUGGCCAUUGCUUUUUUUAAACUGUCCAAAUUUUUUUCUCUAUAAUUGGAAGCCUUUUUAACACUAUAAUGGUAGACACGCACUAGAUAUUAAAUAUUAUUUUGAGAUCAAUUUUGGCGCUUUAGGCUCUUUAGUGAUGUCUAUCUAUUUAUAAGAACAGCUUCUAUUUCUGAUUGUCUUGCAUUGUCUUAGAUUCAUUAGGAAUGCGUGGAUGAUUACACGUGUUUGAAAUUGCUAGAAGUGAAGAAAGUUUGAUAAGAACAUUUUCUAAACUAAAUGAAAGCACAACAAGCAGAAAAUAUAGGAGAACAUUAUUAUUGAGCAAUUUUAUAGAAUUUGUGGGUACAAAGUAUACUGUUCAAUAAUAUUUAUUAAAUUGCAAAGCAAAAUUUUAAAAUAUAGCUGAAUUAGUGCAAAACACUUUAACUGAGUUAUGAAGGCUGCCAAUGUAUGUAGUAAUCCACUAUUAGUUUAUUUAUUUAAGAGCUAAUUAAACUGAUUUAUCUACCAUCUAAAAUGUGUACAUUGUGUUCUUCCACAAAUUAUUAUUUCUGUCAUUCUGUAUAUCUGGGGACAAAAAUGACAUGAAUAUCCUUAUUCUUACUGUCUUAUGAGUGAAAUGUGAAUGUAUAAAUUAGAGUCAAACAGGUAGACAAGCUAACUAAAAAUUCAACCAAGCCGUAGUUACGAAUAUUACUUUUGUAGAAAGCUUAUUUAUUCAAUCGAGUAAGUGUGGUAAUAUAUUAAGUGCACAGACUCACUUAUUUUUGUAAGAAUUACCAAAGGGCUAUGUAAGACAUCUUGAAUCAUGCCGUGAUGGUCCCAAUGGUGGGAGCUGAGAUAUGCAUUAUGCUUGCUCCUUAACUUUUGACUCACCCUGGAUGCUCAUUAGGCUAUUUUUCAUUACUCUAACAUUACUUUUCUUUUUCAUGUAGUGUAUCCAAUGAUGUCAAGGCACCAACCUACUAAGCCUUUGCCCCAAACAUGGAAAUCCUCCAAGCAGAGCCUACUGGUGAGUUUGUUUGACAUUUACAUGAUUACUUGGGUGAAGACCUCAUUUAAUUCUGUUCACUAGCACAGGCAAAACAAAUCUAUACAUAUGUAACUACCAAAUGUGAAGUAUUUUUGUAACUCUUAUGGUGAAUUUGUUACAGUGAAUGUGUGUUGAUUUGGUUGUACAUGGAACAAUUCUGCAUGAAUUUAUCAUACAUGCCAUACAAAUAGUUUGGACAUAAAAUGAGGAAGGUGACAUCCUAUAGUGAGGGAGUGGGAUUUGGGUGCUAGGAAGUACUAAAGGAAAAAAAGAACAGUAAGCCAUCUCAAUUAAUUAAGUGAUUUAAUUCUGGAAAAAGUGUAAGAAUAUGUUAGAAAUAUUUUAAAAUUCUAAAGAUAACAAAUGCAAUUUGUUAUUUAUAUAAGACUAUUUGUAAGGUGUUAUGUAAUAUCAAGCUGAUAUGAUAAUGUCUGCUAACAAUUUUACAGUCUAACCCAAUUAAGAGGCCUAUUAGUAAGUUAGAAUUUAGUUUUAGUACAGAUAUGAAAAUUCUUUCAGUUUUUUUAACAUAGAUAUUGUGUUUUAUUUUUUUUUCAGACUCAACAACGCCCUUUUUAUGUCAACAAGGGAAAUGCUGCAAACACUGAGUCUCCGUGAAUCUCUGUAGUCAUCUGAAUAAAACAUGUGUGGAUGAUAAUAACGUUCUAAUAUCACUAUGUAGAUUUACUGAGCUGGAGGCAAAACGAGAGGGGUACAGAGGGCUCUGAUUAACAUUUUCUUUGCCACUGAAAUGAUAAAAAAUUUACUAUGUUUAAAUAUGAGUACCAAAGCAUGUUUUAAUCUUGCCUCUAGCAAUAAUCAGGUAUUUGAAUUGGGUUGGGUAAACCAUUUAUUUUCAAAUGAACCAAAGCAAAUAGGAAAGAUUGAAUUGAUUAAUUCAAUGUUACAAUAACCCUCUGUCUAUGUAUAUUCUUUUUAUCAUUUAUUCUUAAUAUAUCCUUAAACGAAGUGAUAGAAGACAUGAUAUAAAAAAAAAAGAUUCACUUAUUUGCAAUUUACAAUAAUUCACCAAAAGUGUUUUAGAUUUAUGUAGCCAUGUGACAUCAUCUCUAUAUUACAUGUUUCUCGAGAAGUCUGAGUUUUAAAAUACUGACUUGGGAUUUUUGUUUAUUGUUGUCUUUCUUAAGACCUUUUAGCCAAAUGUCCUUAAUAACAUUUAUAAGUACAAAGCACAUCGAAAAACUGACUAUCUCAUAGAAUCCUAACCUGUGUUUCUGAAUUAUGUAUUUGAUGUAUGUAAUUUUGAAAACAUUAUGUCAGAUAAAUUAAAUAACAUAUAAUUGAAAAAAGUAGAUAUACUUUCUAGAUUAAGGAUCUAUAUUAUGCAGACAUAAAGAACAAUAUUUUUAGCACAGCUUCAUUGGAAAAUAAUCUUCGCAGUUUAGAAGAUGCUGCCUUGGUUUUCCUCUCUCCAGAUUGCCUUGGUGAAAUUAUAAAAUCAAUUUCAGUAUUACAAGAUUUAUUUGUCUCCUGCAUCGUUGGAUGAAAAAAAGCUUCAAUAUUUUGUUUCACUGCAUGUUCUGGAAAACAAAUUGCUACAUUUUUCUCCAUAUUGGCAAUAUACAGUUUCAAAAUAUUUUCAUUGUGUCUGUCUGGGGUAAAUUGAAAGAAAAUUAGGACUGGUCUGCAUUAGACUGAAAUAUUUUCUUGUGCUUAACAUUUCCAUUGAGAUAGGUAAAAACAAAAAAAAGAGAAAUAUUGGUUUCUUUGUCUUCUUUGUCACAAAUUACUCUUUCUAUGGGAUAUAAAAGAGCAAACUGCAGUACGAACAUAAGCUAAUUCUUACAUUUUCAAUCUCCAAAUUUAUAGGUUUUCUUUGCAUUCCUACUGGCAUUUCAAAUGCACUUUAUUUGAGCCACGUAUGUUAUCUAAAAAUGCCAUUAGCUACAAACAUUGCUAGCAGAUUUACAAGUAACAAAAAAAAUUAAUACAAAUUAUAGUACAAAUAAAUGUAGGUCACAUAAGGCACAUAUUAUUAAGGUAGCAGGAGGCAAAUGGACUGUUAAUUAUAUGGUCAUAGCUCCUUUGACAGGUUACAUUAGCAAGAAAUGUGAACACCCAUCAUUUAUUUUACCAAUAUGGAACAAACCCUGCUGAUGUGAAUAAUAUAUCUCCCUGCUUAUCCCCUUUGGGGACAUCUUCAGGAACACCAACAAGUUAUCAUCAGUACCUGCCGCCCCUGCAAUAUAUGUAGCUUUAUUUUCUCUGUGGCUCAAAAUAAAGGGACACUACAUUGUAAAUUUGCAGAUUUUUUUAAUACAUUGAAAAAAUAUAUAGCAAAAAUAUCUGUAUUCUAAAUAAUCCACAAAGUUUCUUAAAGUGGCUUUGUCACCCUCUCCUCUAAAAUGAGUAUUAAAUAAAGACACAAUCUUAAUGAAAUACUCAUAUUGACAUUGUUGCAAUUGCACUGAAAUUCCAACGUAGUCCAAACAUGUACUAAGGUGAAGUAUGGACUACUUUGUCUUAGUACAUUUCCUAUGCCUGUCAAAACUUGACAAUAGACCAAGCUACUAACAUAAAGUGGUCAUUUUCCCAGCCGUUGCUGUAGUGAUGGCUGUAGGGAGGAUCCCUAUGGAGGAUCCCAUGGUUUUGCACGAUCCUCCAUAGACCAUAUUGCAAGCAUGAUUGUACAACACUCACAUAGGCGCCUUGCAUAUGUAGCCCUAGGAGCUGAAGAGGAUUAACCAGAUUAAGAAGGCAGCAGCUGUGAGGGACAGGUUCAGGUGAGCAAAACACACCUUUCCCUGCAGCCCAUGUGCGAUGUGAUGCAAGAAGCACAGUCACCAUUGGGAGUUUUUGCAAAAUAUGUACAGACCCCAGAUGGUGACAGAGCUAUGUAAAGUCUCUCUCUAUUAAGUAUCUCUCUUAAGAGCCAUCUUGUCUCUCUCUGUUGGAGGAUAACUGACCAUACACAUAUACCUGAUAUCACCUGUACUCAUGCUCAGUAAUUUUCUUAUUUACUUGUGCUUCCAUUAACUUGCCAGUUAUAUAAUUUUAAGUUAAAGUUAAAAGGUUUUUCGAUUGGAUAUGUAUGCUGUUCUCAUUCACUUAAAUGGAGAAGGGUUGUUCAGAGGCCCAAGAGAACAGUUCUACUUUAUACUCUGGUUAGGUAUCUCAACACCACCACAAUAAAAAAAAAAAAAAAUUUUUUGUAUUUUUGGUGUCUAGAAUAUAUAUUAAAAUCAAACUUUACCUAUGAAUGUUCACAUCUAUAUCUAUAUCUGAUGUUAACAGCUUAUUUUAGAAGACAGCUAAGACACAAUGACAUAUUUAUUCGAUAAAAAAAAUAGCAGAAUAUUUAUUAUUAAUAUUAACUAAAAAAGUCAUGACCUGUAAAUCACCACACAGUUUAAAAAGAACCUCAUAACAUUUAAGGUAAACAGGUGUGGUGAGGAAGUCAGCUAUUUAGGGAAUAUGGGCUUUACUACACAAAGUACUGUGACAUUAACGUAGUCUUCUUUAAAGAAAAUAAAAACUUGAAUGUUCGUCAUCUUAACCCGUAACUUUCAAAGCCUGACUAAUAGUCUCAUCAUUCUUUUUAUAAUCUUAGAGUUUCAAAAUGCAUGGGAAUAAUAAAGUAUUUAAGUCUAGCACAUCCUCAUUCAUAUUGUGUUUCAUAAACAACAUAUCACUCAGGAAGUACAGGUGGUGCUAUCUAAAAAGUAAAAGAUGGCAUUCCUCUUGAUACAGGUAGCAUAAUUGCCAAGGAAUUUAAAUUCUUUUAGAACUCUUUUUCUCUUUCAAACUAAAUUUCAGGGACAUAUGACAUGGAAAAUAAAUUGACUGGGUACCAGUAGGCCUAAGAGCCUUUGGUCAGUUCACAAAAUGUCCAGGUAUCUUUGUUAUUCUCUGGCUGUAUUGCCUUUCAUGUAACUCAUUGAUUUCCUUUCCAAAUAUGUGUGUCUCAGAGGAAAUCGGUUUUAAAUCAAAAUAUGUAUGUCAGAGCAUUAGCGAUUUGUCCUACAAAUCUUAAUAUUAAAUCUAAUAUUGGUUUUCAGAAUUGUUUUCUUUGACUUUCUACUUGUCAUCCUUGUGAAAGUUAUUUUGCAAAUCCAUUAAUAGUUUUAGAAAAUAAAGUAAUAUUGACUCUUUUCCCAUCAGUCUUAGAUGCUAGAAGGUACUUGUUUUUCUUAUUAAUUAUUAGCAAUUAAUUAUUGCUAUCAAUGAUCUCACUGUCAGUCUUGAAACAGCUUUUAUCUUUAUAUUCAGAAAAACAAAUCCACUACAUUUAACAUGUCAUUGACAUUUUUAAUAGUAUAUAGACUAUAUUUCUGAACAGCAUGGGAUAGCUUGUAGCAUUAAAUUCCGAUAUUUUUUAUGGUGUCAUUUAAAAAGAGCAUUUGCCUUUUGGCAACCUCAUUUGUAUUUUAUUUUUCAAUGCUUUGAGUACCUAACUAGAAAAAUAAACACAUUUAUGUGCACCAUAACUUUCAGUGAUUUUCUUUCAUUCACAUAGUUGUCUGUUACAAAUAUAAACAAAAACGGAUAAAAUGUUUUGUAGACUGUUUAAACAACCAUUUUAUUACUAUGAUAUCAUUCUUCUCUCUUAGCAAAAAUAAUUAAAAAUUGAAAUGUCUCUUAGUUGCGCUGUAAAAAAACUAUAAAAAUUCCGGCUUCACAUGUUAUAUUUUAUAUCUUUUGAAUUUCUUCUUUCUUGUAUUCUACAGUAGUUUCAUUUCUAUUCUAUUCAUUGGGUAUUAUUUGUUUCUCUUUAUAUUCUGCUUUAUAAAAUCCACUCUCUGGAAUGGGUUAUAAUAAUUCAUGGCAAUGGUUUCUAAGCAAUAAAGUGUGGUUGGAACACACACACAAAAUUUAUAAGGAACUGCAAGUACUCUCUUGCCACAAAUUCUAAUAGCCACAAAUGGAAAUAAUAGCACAGCACUUCUCAAGUGAUGAUGAUCUGUAAUUCAAGGCAAUUUAGAGGUGACAUUUCAAACUAAAGGUGUCUUUUACAAGUAUGAGAUAGAAGUGUUGUGUUAAAACAUUGUCACUUUGCUUCCUAAAUAAAGGAUUGCUCAAAUUUCAGAAAACUAUUUUUUUGUAGACAAGAUUUUCCAAGAGGUCCAUAAUAUAAAAUUUCCAGAUAUCUGUUUUUGGUAUAUCAUGAAAAAAAAUCUCAGUGAUGAGUUGUGUGAUCUUCAAAUAAACUUGCAACGCUACAUGUCUGCAAGCAUGCAAAGUAAAUGGAGGUCAUGUCUAUUUUCUUUGAAUGAUUUAGCAAUAACUCUGUAUCUUGUGUGUUACUCUGCAUCAAAGCGUUUCUUUUCUCUAUACUGUAUUUUAAGAAAGUACUGUCUCCUUAAUUAUUAAGCUGUUUAUCUCAGUAAACGUUUUGUUGAAUGUGGUGGUUCAGGAUUUUACAAUUCCAUGUAUUUGUUUUUCAGUUUAUAUCCAGUUGUAAUUAAACUUUCAAUGGGAUGUAUAAGGAAUCCGUGCUAUGUUUUGUUAUAAAAAAAAAAAUAGUAAAAACAUGCAUCUAGCAAGGUCUGGAGAACUUUCAUAAUAGUUCUACCACAAAAAUGGUUUGUCUGUCACACCACAAAAAAAAAUAAUAUACUACCAAAAAAAAUAAAAAGUACUUAUGGUAAAAUGAGGAAAA